CAGUUUUGGCGGCUCGACGUCGGCGGACGGUCUGUGAAACAGUCCGGUGCGUUCACUUGUGUUCUCGACGACGACGACGACGACGAGUGUGAAAAUCGUGUUUUUGUGCGUGUACUGCGAUGAGCGUACUGUCGUGACGGGCCCGUCGUCGCCGUAGUUUUCGCGAUGUCGACGCCAUCCUGGAUUACCCGCUACAAAAUUUUCGUGGCUCGUCGCCGCAGCAAACGCCACUUGUUGUUGUCGCGGCCGUCAACGCGGCCCGUGAUCUACGAAAAUGCGUCCGCCCGCGUUCCGGUGAGUAGUUUUCGGCGCGCGUAUUUUUCAGGUGCACCCUGAAAACAUUCCGUGCUUCAUUAUAUCACUCGCCAAACAUAUCGCGAAUUCAAGAUGUUACAAAUGUCAAAUGUUUUCUAUAAAAAAAAAAAAACAACAAAAAAAAUGAUUACAAUAUUUAUACAUUCGAGUUUUCAAAAAACAAAUUAUCACAAAUAAUAAUGUUUAUCUUAUAAGUUAAAAAAAAUAUUUCUUUUGAUAUUUCACACAUAAUUUUUCGUUAUAUACGGGGUAGGGUAUUCGGUCGCGUGAUCUGCAGAGGUGGUUUUUCGGGUUUUAAAACACCUACUCCCUCUAGGCCAAUGAUUAAUGGUUUAUACGUCUUAAGAGUGUUGUCACUAUACAGGUUAUAAAAUUUCUAAAUUCAGAUAGACACAAUAAUAGUUCAUAAUUAUUCGACAGAGUCAAAUUUUGUGAUCUUUUAUUAGUUAAGUAACUUGAUAAAUUAAAGUAAAAUAAAUAAAUUUGAAAAAAAAACAAUAAUCCUGCAGGCUACAAUAAUAUAAGCCUGGGGGAAUUCGAUGGCAUUUAUUUUUGUUCUUUUCUAAAUCCGUCAAAUUUUUAAUGGAAUAUGAUAUUAAAAGUUACAAUGAUGUAAGUUGUUUUUUUUUUUUUACAGCUUUUCUUGUUCGGCGUUGUUUUAUAGUAAAAAAAAAAAAUACGUGAUACCCUCGAAUAUAAUUAUCUCCUAUUUAAAUAUCAUCGCUUGUGUCUUCAACUCCGAUUGUAACCUAAACGACGUUGCAAUUUCAAUUCUAAAUUAGGUCAGUAACGGUGCUAUGGUAUGUCCGUGACAGCUGGACCGUGACAGUUAACGGGGGUGUCGCGUCUUUUUAAUUUUUUUUUCCCCUAGUUUUUUAACUAUGCCGUUCAGUUGAACAUUACACACGUGUUAAAAUUAUGAAGCUGACUUAAACAUUAUCGGGGUAAAAACCGAAUGAAACAAUUUUUUUUUUUUUUUAGUUUUCUCCCUCUACACUAGGCGCGCGAUAACGUUAAAUGUCAAAUACGAGAUUUUCCAUUGACUCGGUCGCUCGGAGACGAGUAUUUUGAAAUUAUUACCCGUUUGUUUCGUAUACAGUUUUCGUCGUCGACUAUUUCAACGGAUAUUGUAAAAAAACGCGCAUUAUAAUUUUUGAUCGCGGCGGACAUAUUAAACGUUAUAAAUGUUACGCAAUAAAAUAAUAUAAUAUUGUAAUCCGUUGAAAAUUAUUUUUUACGGUCGAAAUGUAUGAAAAUAUGAAAUAUUAAAAAAAAAAAUCUUUUUUUUUUUCUAUCGGUUUAAUACGAAAACAAACAAAUAAUAUGUAUAUAUUAUGUUAUACUAUAUGUUUAUGUUAAACGUCCCGAAAACAAUUACCCCGCAGCUAAUAUAUUUUAACCGUUGUUACGAUACUUCAAUAUUUUCGAAGUACAUUUUUUUUGUCAACAUCGCAGAAACUUUUUACCGUUUUCGUCGUAAAUUUAUAUCAUCAAAUUAUAAUUUUUCCUAUUAAUUUCGAGUAAUUAAAUAUUAUCCAUUUAAAUGUAUACGAUUUUGACAACACACGAUAGGAAUAACGAUGUCCGUGCAUGGGAAUAGCGAUAAAAUCAAAGUACAGUAAAAUCCUAUAAACUUAAAAUACGUUUAGAUCAUCGGAACGGAGCGAAGAACGUUUAACACUUUAACUAUGAUGUGUGCUUAUUAUUAUUUUUUUUCGUCUGUGCGCAACUCUUUUACCAGAAAUCUUUUUCCAAUGAAAAACUGUAUAUUAUGAACUUUCGUUCAUUUUUGAGUUCAACUCAUGUUAUUAGGAGGUGAUUUUUUUUGAUAAACGUUUUUUUUUUAAUAAAUAGGAAAAACCGACAAUUUGUAAUAAUUUCUCGGUUACCUUGACAAAAUUUUCAAAAUGUUCUGAUAUGUUUUGAACUAUCUAUAAUAAGUAUUUGAAAUACCAAUAUAAUAAUAUUGAAAUAUUCGAUUUUUCUUUUUUAGUCAUGUGAAUAAUAUUGUUUUGAUCGAGCAGAAAUGAUUGAACAUUUAAUGAGGGUCAUCAUAAAUUAAAAGAAUUUAAACGUUAAACGUAUUAGUUUUUUUAUAAGUAUUUUUGGUUCAGAUUUUUUCCCCCGAUUUAGUAAUCAUAAAAUUACGAAGAAUUUACAUUGGGAAGUUAGAAAAAUGAUUAAAAUAGGUACCAAUAGGUGGUCAAUACUUAUAUAUCAAGGUCGGACACUAAUAAUAAUAAAUAUAUAUAUUGAAUUUUCAACUAGUUAGAAAGUUAGAAGUUACUUGUGUCAACCAUUUUUAACUUAACUAGUUACAUUGUUUAUAUUAUAACUUAUUAACUAAAUGAAUUGUAUUUUUCCUCAAGGUAGUUAUUAAAAGUUAUUCUUACAAAAUAUGAUAAGAAAAUUAAAAACUGCCAAUCACUAUGAGGCGCUUAGCGAUGAGAAUAAAUAUGGUAUCAAAUUGAUAUUGUAUUAUUAGUAUGCAGUUUACUGAUAUUAUAAUAUUGAUAAUGUAAUGAUAUCGUUGAUAUCAAUGAUGUAUCGAUUGAUGCUUGAGAUUCAUAUAUAUAUUAUAUAAUAUAAUAUUAUAACUGUAAUAAUUACAAAUUAUCACUAACUUGCUUAGGGCUGGUAAGAGAGGUAAGUUCCACCCACAGAUAUGUAAAAUAUAUUAUUAUUAAUUGUUAUACAUUGUUUCUAUUGAUUAAAAAUUAUUUCAUAUUUUUUAAAAAUGUUUUCUCUCUUUGUAUUGACAGCAGUAAGAGUUUUGUUUUCACAAUUCUUCCAUAUUGCACACAAAUUAUUCCAUAUACAAUAAAUACAAUAGCAAUAUAAUAAAUUUAAUACGUCUAACAUUUGAUCAAAUUACCAAUUCAAUUCAAUUGAUAUAGUAUCACUAAUAAUUUAGUUUCUGAUUUUCAAAUAUUAUUGAAAAAAAAACAACUAAAUUGUAACUUUUGUUUUAAUUCGAGUUACUUUUUUUCACCAACUUCUAAGUAACCUAGAAUUUUAAGAAAUUAUUUUUACUAACUUUUAUUCCAAUUUUGUUGGUUUUUUUUUUUUUAAAGUACCUAGCUUAAAUUUAACUAGUUGAAAAAAGUGACGUAACUGGCCCAACAUUGAUAUAUACCUAUAAAUAUAUAACCACCUGUAGGGCUGUAUUUAUUCUUUGAACGCUACAAGUCGGAUUAUGUAUAAUGAUGUGUACGACUUUGAAAUCAAAUGAUUUUCAAUAAAUACGUGUUUGACCUUCUUGCGGACGUGCGAGGUUUUUUUUUUACAAAUGUCGAUUUUUUUUUUGCCUUUGCCGUUUAUUAUACGUAUAGAUGAAAUGAAGUUACGUAAUAUCUAUACGAUAUAUGAUGGAAUAUCUUUGGGCGGUACAUUUGUGGCAACAGUAAUAAUUUUCAAACGAAGGUAACUAUUUCUGAAAAAAAAAAAUGCGCUAGUGUUCGUAUCGCCGAACCCUUUGUACGAUUUAAAUUACAAACGUUUGCUAUUUAGUACUUCUUAAAACAUGUUAUUUGUCGAUAUCUUCAAAGUGUAAUAUCUAUAAAGGGUUUAUUAAUUCAAAUCGUACUUAACAGUCGCAGGCCGUUUCAAAGGAUUUUAAUGCUAUACGAAGGUAAAUAUAGUACCUAAUAAGUAGUGAUGCCCUCCGCUCAAAAAUUCGUUUUAAUACAUUUGUAUGAAAUAUACGCAGAGUGAUUAAACAUAUUAUGACGAUUUAACAAAUAUCAAAAUAUUAGCUAUAUUAUAGAUAACUUUAGUUAUAAUCAAUGUUUAUUAAAAAACAAACAAAACAAACAAAACAAAACAAAAUCGAAACUAAUGAAAUUGUUUUUUUCCGUAAAUCGAGGUUUUUUUUCAAUUAUAUACAACUACAAUAUAAAUAAUAAUAAAAAAAGUGCGAUCUCUCAAUGCAACAACUAUAUACAAUUUUAUUUUGGAAUAGAUGCUACGUUGAAAAAUCAUAACAAAAUUUCUGAUAGAACAUUUAUUUACAGACAGAAAAAAAACCCAUAUAAAUCAUAGAACAAUCAAUAUACAUUAUUUCUUGCUUUGCUCUGAAUUACAAAUUUUAAAAGAGUUUUGGUUUUUUGUGCUAGAAAUAGAAAAUGUAAAUUUUAAUAAUAAUUUUUUCCAGUCGAAUUCAAAACUUCUAUUCUGUUUGUGACUUUGCAAAUUUUGGAAGAAGUUUAAAGGUUCAAACUUUUAAUAACAGGUAAUACAUACAUUUAUACUCGUGUAUGCCGGGUUUUGUCACCUGCAGUAAUUAUAAUAAUACAAUGUCUUAUAUUAGUUUAUUAUUGUUCUAAGAUUCGAUUUUUUAAUCCCACUAUAAACGACCUAUGCGAAACGUGUAAUAGUAGGGUUAGGACUCAAUACUAUUUAAGCCAUGAUUCAGCGGUUAAUAGAUAAGAUGACAUAUGAGAUGAUAGCGUUAUCAACUUUAUGAAUUUUAUCUACCCAAGGUUUAUAGAUAAUAAUUAUCGACUAUAAACUUGGUUUUCUACUGAAAUACGGUUCCAACAAAAUAUUAUUCUAUCAAAAUAUGUUCGGAUAAUAUAUUUUUCUUCUAAAAUAUACUGUUCGAUAUAAAUAUUGGUCCGAUUAUUUAUUUUUCGAGAGUUGUGUUUUUCUGAUAAAAUAUCAUUCUAACCUUUGAUCACACAUACCUAUUCGUUAGGUACCUUGUGGUAAAACUUUUAGACUUAAUAGAAAUGCUUGAAAAUUUAACAGAAGGUCCAUUAAGAGUCUCAUUUUAUGGUCAAAAAAAGUUUGAAAUUAAUAUAGUAAUUUUUUUUAUAAAGGAAUUUUAGUAUCAAAUUUGACAAAAAUCGUUGAGUAAAAGUAUGUGGAACAAAUCUAAUUUUUCAUUUUUUUUUUUUUUUUGUUAAUAUGUAUAUUGCCGAUUUAAGAACGAUAGUAAAGUCAUAAUUUAGUGGUCUGACUAAUUUUCGAAAGUUUUUUUUUUCAAAAUUAUAGCUUUUGGAAGUUCUGAUAUGUAGAUAUUAAAUGUUAUAUUAAAUAACUCUAUGUUGUCUUUCAUAAAGCAUAUUUCUCGUGAUCUAAUGGUUAUUUAUGCCUAUUAUCAUCUUAGGGGUUCCGAGUUCUCAAACCAGUGUGUCUUUUUUACCUAAACAAGAAAAAAACAAAUGCAUUUUGGGUGUACCCAGAGACCUUGCUCGGACUAUUUUAAUCGCAAAAUACCCCUCGAUUUGUUGUGCAAACUUUUCUACCAAAACUACCAAACUUUACUACUUGCUCCGAUGUAUCAAGUUUAGCUUAUUUUCUGAAAGGAAAUUUCAUCUCCAUGGUAACUUUGGGGGGUCAUUUUUCGAUUUUCCACAGAGUUUUUUUAAAAAAAAUAUGAAAAACCAAAAAAACGCAGGGAAAUAUAAGUAAUGUAGGUAUUAGUUAAAAUAUAUUACGGUCUUCUUUUUUUCUGUAAACAGCUUUUCUACUACAAAUUUUGCUUCAACAUUUAACAAUAGCAACGUUUCUAAAAGGAAAUUUCACUAGGAAGGUACUUUAAAGAGCUCAUUUUUCGAUUUUCUCAGGAGUUUUCCCAGCUAAUGUGAAUUACCGGGAUAAGACAUGGAAAAACCGGGAAAAACGGGAAAAUCGGUUCAAUAUGAAUUAAAUGCUGUCCAAGAAAAUAUAUAAUGCUUAUUUAAUUAUUUUACCAUAAUAUCGCAUGUAUAUUGUUGAUAAGGCAUUACUAUAAACUGAACUAUGCUCAGAAUCGUUUUUUUGUUAGCAAUGGUUUAUCGUUUCUUACAGAUAAACAUUAAAUUACCUGCAAUAAUGGCUGCACCCAAUCUCAGUAUCCUAGGACGUCCUUUUACAUUGUGUUGUUGAUGAUGCUAAAUCGGUGAAAGUACUGCUCCUUAAAAGUCCCUCUGGCGAGAAUUGGAACCCUCCCAAAGAGGACCUCCUCUUUGGAAAAAUUCCGGUUGUGCUACUGCUGCACAGUAUCUUAUGUUACGGAGAGUGCGGGUAUUAUAGGGAAGGUUUUUGGAACAGCAAUUUAGACGUGAUAAACUUUAUAGAUACAGUUUAAGGAACAAAAUAAUAGGACCCCGGAGAGUAGUUUGCUUGUGCGACGAUUGCUUAAAAUACUCGUCUUUACGGACGCAUACAUUUAAUAUUUAUAUCGUAGAUAUUCUGCGAAUACUUUAUAGUUUAAAAAAUAAGCUUUGAAUACUUAUAAUUAGAGCACAUUUUUAUAUGCCUGCUCUAAAAGUCGUUAAAUAUAUAUGCAGAUCUGCACUAAAAAUACGAAAUUAAAUAUGUUCUAGAAAAAAAUCAUGAAAAAAAUUAAAAAAUUUACGAAAUCCUUAAGUAUGCUUAAAAAGUUUUAUGGAAUCUUAAAAGUUCUAUAUUUAAAGACGGCAAAAAUAUGCAAACGUAUGUAAAAUAAACUGUCCAUUAAGACUUUAAAGUAUCAUUAGAGUAAACCAUGGUAUUAUAAGUAACUGUCAUACGUAUUAUAACGAAAAUUCCAAACCCAUCCAAUUAGAAUAUGAGAGUAAAGUGUUUAAUCGCAAAUUUACAGUCAAUAGUUAAUUUAUUGUAAAAUUUAAUUUUCUUCUUUUAAACUCGGUUCCUCUCCCCCGUUUAGAUAAUUUUUUUUUAAAAAACUUAAAUGUACUAUUUGCGUGUACAGAGUAAUUUUUUUAUCAUGAAGGGUUAUCAAUUUAUCUUUUAAAAAUAGAUAUGCAAUUUAUUACCUUUUUUCACUCCUCCAGUGAAAACUUUAAAUGGUCAAAGCGGUAAAUCUAUUAUAAAUGUUAUGCAUAUCAAAAUGUCUAGAAAAAUGUUCUGUAUUUGAAUAUAUGUUCAAAAAGAGGAGUUCUUAUUUGAAAAGAAAAGUAUAUAGGUACUUAUUUAAGGUAUAUGUAGUAGGGGUAAAAAUUUAAGCUUAACCGCUUUAUAAUGAUUAAAAAAAACAAAUUUAAUUCACAUAUAAUCUUCCGAGAAAUAUUCUGGUUAUGAUAAAAAAUAUCACCCUGCACCAAACACGUUCACAGAAAACAAUUUUGGGUGUUCGGGAUAAGUUAAAAAUAAAUGAUUUGAACUAUAGAAUAAGUAUAUGUGUUUUUUUAAUUUCAAGGAAAGGUUUGAAUUCUUAAAACCCACGUUUGUGUUAGACGUAUUUACUGUACUAUUAUAAUUCAUUUAAAUAUUAAUAUUUGAUCCGAAUAAUUAACGAUACGUUAUUCUUAUUGGAUUUUAAAAAUUUACAACUAUGACGGCGAAACAAAAGUUUUAUUUAAUUCUGCAAUAAGUAAUUUAUUCGCUGAAUUCGUUGAUCCCUGUGCGAAUAUUUUUACUGAUACAUUGAGUUUUUUCUCAAUUAUAAAAAAAACUACUAUAUAGCGAAGUCAAAAAAUUGUAAAUAUUGUUAAGGUUUUAGAUUAUUGUUUUUAUGAUACGGCGUUUUUGGCACUAGAGACGCACAAACGCUAAAGAAUAACGAAACGACAAAAUUAUAAAAAAAAAUUACCGUCGACAAUGAAUUACGAUUCGAGAAAAUAAAAAAAUAAUGUAUGUGGAUUUACAAACCGUCUGCAUAUAUAUUUCUCGAAUACAAUACAUGAAAAUUCCGAUUUUUCUCUUUUUGAAAUAAUGUUUUUAUCAAAAAAAAAAAAAAAAAUGUCAUUUAUAAUAAUAAAUUACAUUUUUUUCACGCAUAAAUUACUGUGAUAAACUCGCAAAAAAUUUAAAAAUAAAAAAUCGAAUUUACCCCAUCUUUAUAUUAAUGAUAUUAAUUCAUCCACAUAGAUUUACCAAUCGGACUUUUUUCUCACCAAUAAUCCAUUUGGCUUGUAUUUUUUCACCACAACGUGUUGAUAUUUCGUCUAUCGUACAAUGCAUUAUAAUAUGUAUCCUCGUAAAAUGUGCACCUAGUUAUAAUAUUAUUAUAAGUUUAAAAGAACUAGGAGGGUAUUUAUAAAUAAUAAAUACGGAUUUUCCGAUAUGUAAUGUAUUAGUAAGAUAUUUUUGAAUUUCAAAAAUUAUCUAUCAUCGUCUAUUCCAAAAUGUGAUUUGUAAAAAUAUAAAAAUCGAUUUGUGCCGAUAUCGAAUAAAGAGGAUUUAUAAAUAUUAUAGUAUACUUUUUUUAAAGAAUAUGGACCGUAGAGGGAUCUAGAAUGUUUCAGCGCGUAAUUAAUCUGGCAAUACGGCGAUUAUUUUUUUGUAUAUAUUAUUUUGUUCACGUGUGUGUUAUAACGAUAUGUCUAUCAAUAGAAAAAAAAAAAAAUUAAAUAUGUUCUAAUGUUAUAAUUAAGUAGAAUAUCUAUAUAAUUAUCAUUCAUUUUAAAACACUAUUAUUUGCUUUUAGAUAUAUCAUUUUAUUUUGUCUAUCAUCAUAAUAGUCCACAACAUUUUUAUUAUUUUACCAGUAUCUUGAAGUUUUUCCAACUUCUUUGAAGGACUGUUUCUUGAAAAUAUAUGUUCAUAAUACGUGUCACGUAUUAUUAUUAACUUUUUCGUUUUUUAGACAACCUAAUACUUUUUACAAUCUCUUAAUGAUUAAGUAUUAACUUAAUUUUUUGUCACUUUUAUUUUCGGGGGUAAAACCACUACCUAUAGUUUUAGUUUUAAAAUGGCGAGUUUUAAUAAAAAUUCCAUAAGUAUAUAAAGUUUUAGUUUAAAUACAUUUUGGUGUUGGUAUUUUUAAUUUCCACCAAUCCGUUGACGAGCUAUUCUAUUUUAUGAUUUGUCGUUUUCUGGGGAUGAGAGCAGUGGAGCACUAUUCAAACGUCAAGCAUACUCGCCAUCACAAAAAUGACAUGCCACUGUUCCCUUACUCAUAAAACUAUAAACUUAAACGUGAUAUAACUCACCUAUAGGUUGACGGAAAUCAAAAAUCUUAACAUCAAAACACUAAAACUUAAUUUAUUUAUGGAAUUUUCUAUAUACGUUGUUACGUAGAUUUUAAUUUAGAAAUUUAAAGUGGGUAUUAUCUAGUGGUUUCACCCUUGAAAAUAAAGGUGACAAAAAAAAAAAAAAAAAUGCUUAUAUAACAUGUUUAGAACUGCUUGUUUAUUACAUUUUCUAAAAAAUAUAUUCUGAAACGGUCAAUAAUUUCCGAGAUAAUAAAUGUCUUACGUAAUGUUUAUUCUACCCCCUUAAGCAAAAACGCCGUAAGCCAUUAGACAACGUUUUUGCAAAAACCGGGUUUUUAAUACUUAGGAUUUCAUAAUACCUCUUCCAUUUUACUUAUCAGAGUGUGUUAUGGAUUUUUAUAUGGUAUUUUACCUGAUAAAUGCAAUGGAAUAAAAAUAAAUAAAUUCUGAAGUACUUAACUUUUUACAUUGAUCCUUAGUAUAAUUGGUAUAUAGAACUGUAUUGAAUGGACUCUUGAAUAGAAUCCUUGGGUAAAUGGAAAUCGUAAAAAUAACUAACAAAUAACUGAUAUUGUAUCAUUCGUAAAGUUUCCAUAUUAUUAUAUUAACUUUUAUUAUAUUUUAAUGAACUAUUGAUUACAAUAUUACGAUGAGUAAAACCACAAUCUGUACUAAGCAAAAUUGAUAUACACAGCGUUUUUUAUUAGCAAAGUUAUUAUACGGCGUUUUUACGCCUCAUUUAAAAAUCCAUUUUUCGACCAUUUACGGUAUUUUGUCAAAACCGAUAAUGCUAGUAGUCAUUUUAUAGAGUAAUAUUACAGACAUAUAGCAUAUUGACCUGAAACGUCUGAAUUUUAAGAUUUUUUUAUUGUACAUAACUAAUUUUUCAAUUUGUUUGGACUUCCGGCGAUUUUUCUUAGAAAUGCAGUAUUGCCUUGUCUGAGAAUAGAUUCAAUAUUGGCGUAAAUCAAUAAGGCAGCUAUGAGGACAAGGAGAUACGAUGACGGUGGCAAUUUGUCACGGCAAUGGACCAAUAUGGCCUCUAAAAAGUAAUAUAAGGGGUAACUACAUACUACUAUACAUGAAUAUCUAAUUAAAUCGUUAUGAUAAGAUUUUUGUCUCCUUCAAAAAAUACUACCUAUUAUAAUAUGUUAACCGCGAUGGAAAUGACGAGAUUUCGCGUUUUCGGCAAUGUAUAUCAAAAUCAACGUGGCGAAAUUAACGCGUUUGCGCGUCUGACUGGAACAUGACGAUAAUGUUAUGCGAAUUAUCGGUUUGGCCCUGGAAUUAGCACAAAGCUCGUCAUAUACCUCCCUAUACUUACACGUGUGCACGAUAAAUUCUCACGUUUGUUGUAUUUUACCAUAUCUGGUCGCGUAUUAACGUUCUCAAUUCAAAACGACCCAUCACAGAUGCAAAUAAAAUCCUCGAAAUAGCCAGAUAUGGUGUUAUUUGUAUUAGAUAUAUUAUAUUUAGGUGUACCUCGUCAUGAUACAAAUCUCUACAUUUUUUUUUGGUGCUAUCUCAAUGAAUUGAGUUAGGUUUGAAAUUUUGAAUCUAAAUCAUAGAUGGUAAAAAAUUUUCAAAAUAUUAUGGCGAUUUUUUUAGUUAUUUAUAAGCAUUUGACAUUUUCGAAUUUGUUUAGGUUUUAUUAAGUUUCAUACGAAUACAAUUAUUUUGCUCAAGCAGAAAUGUUUGAACGUGUUACUCGAGAUUCAUUAUAUUAAGUUGUACUUAUGUGUAGAAAAAAAAGUUGAGCAUAAUAUAGUCAUUCUUAUAUUGGAAAUUUAACGAUAAUCAUAGAAAUUACUAAUAAAAAAUGAUUUAUCGUAGCGUACAGAUUUAAAUUUUAAAACGAUUGCUGAUACUGGGAACGGGUGUGUCACUUUUUUAAGUGGAAAUUAGGAUACAUGAAGUUAUUUACUUUAUAUAUUUAUAGUAUUUUAAUUUAUAUGUGUAAAAAAAAAUUACACUCGAGUUUUUUUUUACUACUAAGUAUGACCUAUAAUGAAUCUCCUGUUAGCAUUUUUGUUUGAUCUCAAAAUUUUAUCCGCAGUGUACCUACCAAAUUAAAAUUUCGUAAAAAAAAUUGGAAAAUUUAAAAAAUAAUAUUAAAUUUUAUAAUAUUAUAAUAUUAUAAAUUUAUAAAUAGCUAAAAAAUGACUCGAAAAUUGUUUUAAUUUUAUCACGUCCAAGUUUUCUAUACAUUAUUUAGAAUCUCUACGAAUAUGUUUAAUUGACUUACAAAAAAAAUUAAAAAUUAUAAAAACAUAAUUUUCGUAAAUUUUCCCGUUAUCGUUUCUUUUUUUCGGUUUUGUUCAGUUAUUAAAAAAUCACAGGAAAAAUAAAAUAAAAAAUUUUCUUACUCGCCAACUGGAUAAAAAAAUCAACAAAGAAGAUCUCUUGUUAUUUAUUAAUUGAAGUAAUAUUUCUGGUAUAAAACAUCGUGAGUACAAAUUUAAAAUAACGAAAUCGUAACGACGUAAAUUUGUGUCAGUUAACAAAUGAAAAAUUGUCAUUUUUCAUAUUUUUUAAAAAAAAAUAAACAAAAAAAACCACACAUCACAGUAAAACUAAUGGAUCCUUUGUGUCUCUCAGAAUCUAAAAUAUUAUGUAUCUUACUUCUUAACUUCUCGUCCACAAUAUCGGAACUCCCAUCAGCAUUAUCAGCUCUUUUUGCUGUUUUACGUGAUGUAAAUCCGUUAUGGUUUUUCUUCGACUGAGAUUUAAAAUAACAUACUAUUGAGAAUACUAACUUUCCGAAGCAGUAGGUAUGGGGUUUCGAUCAAAAACACAUCUUAACACACAGUGCCACAUUAUCGAUAAUAUAUAAUUUGUUUGUGUUAAGCAAAUAGCAGACGUAUUUGCGUCUGUGGCUCGUUUCCAGUAAUAGGGAACGUUUAUACGCUAUCUGGUCAGCUAUGUACACACAGGUACAACAUGCGCGUGAUAAUGUAAUAAUAUUCGAAUAAUGCUUGAAUAAUAAUAUUAAUAAUAAUAGUAUUUGAACCCCGUUAAACACAAUAGUAAUCAUAUCAUAAUACCGCGCGGGGAGAGCAGGGUGAGGAGGAGUAGAAAGAGGUACGUGACGUGCACCAGGAUGACGCGUAAAACGUCAAAACUCAAAAGGAUUUCAUUAUGUUAUUAUCAUUGUAUACAAAUAUCAUUAUAUAAUAUCGUUCUACUCACUUCUAUUCGUCUCGUAUGAUAUUGAAAUAUAAUAUGAAAAUCGCUGAAACCCCGUCGGAAUUUAUAUAAUAACGAACAAGCCGUUUAGCAACUGAUCAUUAAAAAUUAAUAAUAUCGCUGCGAUCUCUUUGAAAUAAAAUAUCAGUCCGACAGCUUGAAUUUUGGAUAUUUUGAAUUACAAAUUGUUUUGGCAGAUAUAAUAUAUGUAUGUUAACGCUCGAAUUUUAAAAUUCUGUAGUGCAUUUCGAUACACAUGAUAUGAAUUAGUGUGUCUCCCAAAAAUUAGCAAUGUUCAAUCAAAAUGGUAAUAUACGCAAUAUAUUCAAAACUCAAAAAUUCGAUUACAUUUAUUGUUGAAUCUAGUUCUAAAAUACAGCUUUUCCGACUAAAUUUUCAUUUGAUCCAACAAUUAAUUAGUCCAAUUCGUCUUAUUAAUAGUUUUCAUCACUUUAUAUUUAUCUUAUUUGUCGUAAUUUAAAUUUAUGAUAAGGCGACUACUAAAUUUGAUAAUAUAGGAAAAAUUGUACAAACCCAUGUGUUCCAAUACAUAACAUACCUAAUCUAAAUAUUUCUUUAUUCAACAGAUCCAUCACUUAAUUGUAUUUUAGAAGGAAACGUUAUCAUAAAAUAUCCUUAAAUAGAGGUAAGACCCCUUGUACAUUUAUUUUUAUGUGGUUUUUUUUUAUUGGAUAACUUAAACAAAAUUGAGUCUUAACAGCUUAGAAACCAAUAUAGGCUGUAUUAAAUUAUAAUAAAAGAUAGGUACUCUGCGAGAAAUGUGCAUCGAUAGGUAUUCGUAUUUUAUCUUUCCGCGCCACCCGGAUGAAGAUGAUGCCGACACGAAGAUUUAUGACUUCGUGUUUUCAGAUUAUAUUAUAGGUGAUAUAAUGAUUCCUUAUAUUAUACGACCGAGUGAAUUUAAUUUGUUGUUAUUCACGGAAAAUUAUAAAACCUAAGAAUUAUCUGUUGAAAAAAAAAAUGAAUAAUAACAAUGCAAUUUCGAAUCCAUCCACUACUCGCUUUAAGAACGUCUUAUCGUUUAUGUACUCUUACGUGUAUUAUCACUUGUGUACUCACAUCCUCUGUUCUCACACGACUACAUAAUAUUACUAACUUGAUAACGAAAAAUUAUUAUUUUAUUGACCUAUAACACCACGAUUUGUUUAUAUUUAUGUAAUAUUAUAUAAUAUCGUUAUUUUAUACGACUAUGUAAUAUUAUACUUGUUAUAAAAUUAAAUGUUCGCUUUCCGGAAACGAAACUAGAGUGACUAGAGUGACUCGUCCCCUACAUUGCAAACACUUACCCUAAUGAUAUUGGCCGAAUUAUGGACAAUUUUAAAUAAAAAUAUUCGCUGAAUUACCCGAUAUUUCCCGGGAUCAAUCCUUUAAAAAACAGAAAUGAAUAAAAGAAACUAAAUUUACCGUGUGUCCCUUUUUAUACUCUUAUCCAUAUCACAGUUGUCUGGUAUAAUUUAUCUUUUUUAAAAAAAGGUUACUUCCUUUUCUGUGACAAAUAUAUUAAAUAAUAAUAACGGUUUUUUUUCCAUCCGUGUAGCUAAGAUAACCUAUAAAUCAAAAAAAAUGUGUAAUUUUCGUUCCAAAAAUACCAAAAACUCUAUACAAACCAUUAUUUAGACUCUUUUGUGGUGGAAUUCGAGAUAAAAGUAGAUAGCGAUCUUCCUUUUGUUUAGAAUGUCAUGUGUGCAAAAUUUCAUCAAGAUCGGAAUAAAACUGUAGUUUGCGGACAUGUAUACGUCUAACUAUAUGUUACCAGUAAUGUGAGAAAUUGGAAGCACUAAUACAAACAAGUUAUAAUAAAACGAUUUAAACAAGUUAAUAAUUUUUUUGUGCAAUUGUUAAUUAUUUGUUAUUUACUAUUUGUUAUGUUAUAAAUAUUUUAAAAACAAUUAUAAUAAAAUAACCUGAUAUAUCAAAUAUAUCUAAUUAAAGUUAUUAUUGCAAACAAAGUCAGUUUGUUUUGAAACACGUCGCAUAAGCAUCGUAUUAUCUCCGUAUUAUUUUUAAAUAGGAUUUGUACAUCGCAUACAGCCAUACAACCGUUAGCUGCCAUAUCAGAUUUUAAAAGUUUACUUAAUAGUUAUAUUGAUAAAAUUACUCAGCCACCGGUACCUAUUUGAUAUUUCCACGGUUAUCAAGUUUGUUCAGAUUGACGACGUACCGGAUAUUUCAAUUUCAUUGCGAGAAGCAGCCCGUGCUCGCUCUAAUUUAGAAGAACAAAAAUACGAUCGAUGCACUUAUACACAGCGCUGUAAAAUGAAUAAAUGCAAAUGUAAAAAAGCAGACAGGCUUUGUAAUUCUAAGUGUCAUUAAAAUAAAUCAUAUAAAAAUCAAUAGGUACUAAUAUACAAUUCUAAAUAAUAAUAUAUUAAAUAAUUUUUCCAUCAAUACUAUAUAAUUAUUAGUGAUAAUAAAUUUAAGAACAAAUAUUGCACAAAAAAAUUAUUAACUUAUUUCAAUCGUGUAACUUGUGUCUAUAUUCGUGAUUUAAAUUUCUUGCCCGGGCAAGAUCAAAUUUCCCGGGAUUGCUCCAAAUAUUUACAUAUACAUAAACAUAUAUAUAUAUCAAACCUAUGCAUAAAAGGGAGGGUUUGAUAUUCAAGUCCCUCCCAUUGUAUUUUUAUGCAUUUAGGUUAAUACCGGUUAGAUAAUGGUUUUAUUGGAAUUAAAAGCUAGUUUACUUCUGUAAGACUCUUGCAGGAUAAUGCGUAAACGAUAAUUUGUAUUUUUACUUUUUAUUUUAGUAUUUUACUAAUAAUUGAUGUAUUCUUUUUGUAUAAAUAAUUUAUUCAGAACUUUCUCCCCACCCUUAUGAAAUAACCCUGUGCGCGAGCCUGGCAUACAUACAAACAAAUAGAAUUUAAAUUUUAUAUAAGAUAUCGCCAGUCGGGACCGAAUCCGUAUGAAUAAGUAAAAAAAAAAACAUCGUCUUCUUUUCUAAAAUUCGACUUGAUCACUCUCAUGGUUAUAUCAUCUAAUUAAAUGUAUGGGUACAUUGUACAAGUUAUACAGACAGCGUGAAAAAAUACAAUUAACGUCGUCCAUAGUUAUGUUAGUUUAUAUAUUAUAUUAUAUACCUAAUAUUAUAUUUCGAGUUAAUUAAACUUGAUUUUUAAUUUGAUAACGCUCUUGAAAUGUAAGUGCUUACAUAAUAUAAUAUGAUAUAAUAACCAUUGUGGUAUCGCAGUAGAAGAAAAAUACCCGCACGGCGUUAAUAAAACAAUUUUUUAUUCUUAUAUGCACUCGGUAUAAAACGGAUUCCGAGGGUAUUUUCUAUAGUACGAGUAUAUAGUUGUUUGUUUUACAUAAUAUUUCCUGUGCCAUUAUUGUAUUACACUAUUUCUGAUGUUAAUAAGUAUACGAACAAUACCUCCUUCCAUCUCUGCUGAGUCGCAUACUUGUCGACAAAAUUUAUAAUAUAUUGUUAUUUUCCGAUCUACCGAGUAUCUACUGCAAAAAUAUAAGUACAGUCUGCCUCUAUACGCCCGUGCGGACACUGCAUUUACACUUAUUCCAUUUUCACCUCGUUGCGGAAUACUAUUGUAUAGGUAUUUAAUUUCACAACAAAAACCCCUAGAGGGGUUCUUUUAAUAUAAACACAAUCGUCGUACGACGUCAUAAUGAAUUAAUUUAACGCCGCAAAGAAGCUUAUUUUUUUGUUAGUUGAGAAAAAAUACGGUGCCCUCGAAAAUAUUAUAAUAUGUUCUUUAAACUUUGUUAUUUGCGUUCAAUUCAUAAUUUGCGCUUAAACACUAAUAUUUCAAUAAUCUAAGCUACGGAGUUUCGCUAUAUUGUCCGUUAGUUGGACCGAGACAGUAAAUACGCCCUCUUAAUUUAAUCAUCUUGAUAAUGAUCGAUCGGCUUGGACUUCGAAUGGUGCUCGUAAAUCAUUCAGUGUGACAAUUUUUAUAUUUCUGAAAAACGUGACAAAAAAAAAACGUCAAAAUUACCAUUGAAAAAUUAUGGAAAACCCAAAACAAUUUUAUUAAAUUUGAAAACAUUUAAUGCUUUACAUGUGUAUAUGAUUUCUUUUUUUUUUUUUUAUACAUUGAAUUUUUAACGAUAUUGUAAUUUUUAGUGCUCUGCAAGUAAGUACGCAGCUUAAUGAAUUGUUUUCUUUAAUUUCUAACUUGCAGGAUUAAUUAUAUACAAUUAUCACGUUUUCAAAACUAAUAAAAAACAAAAAUAAAAAAUACCGUUUUUAGUCACUUAAUAAUAAUAACUAUAUUAACUGUAAAAUCUUUUAAUCGAUAAUAACAGUUGAAAACAAAACAUUUUUAUAUAAUUAUAAAAGCAUUUAUAUAUAUUUUGUUUCUGUAACAGUUUUAUAAAGAAUUCAAAUAUGAUUUUGCUUAAAAACAAAAUGCGUAUUAAAAUUCAAAGUCAACUUUUAAUUAGAAAGUUUAUACCUGAAGAAUUAAUAUAUAUAUAUUUCAAACAAACUACAAAGUUUUUAUCGAAACAUUUCCAGUGAUUGUAUACAAGUAAGUAAAUUCAAUUCGGAUAUUAUGUAUGUACCUGCAAAUAUAAUUAUUUGCACAACGAAAAUCGUACAGUAAAUUGGGUAUUACAUGUUACAGGUUACUUGUUUUUUCUAGACAUGGUCAAAUUUUAUAACAUUUGAACCGUUUUUGAGCUAUUCAUAAACAUUUUAAUUUUGCAAUUUUUUUAGGAAAUUUUUAUUUGUUAUAGGUAUUCUGUAUAAGAAAAAAAACUCCUAUAUGAAUUUCAAUAUGAAAUUUUGACGAAAAUAUUAAAUAUUACGGCCUUUAAUAAUAUGUUCAAUCGAACUUUACUCUGAAUCAUUUUUCGUUAGAAAUGGUUUAUCGUUGCUUCUAGAUAUAAAUUAAAAAACUUUAUGCAUCAUACCUUUCCCACUUCCCACUUACCAGUGGCACAUCCCAGUAUUUAUAUUUUUGUGUAUCUGUGAUCAGUUUUUCUACCAAUCUUUUUUUUUUUUUUUUCUAAUACAACAUCAGGUUUUAAAUACACUACAGAUUUAUAAAACUAAUGGGAUUCAAAUUUGUGUAUAUAAAUAGCAUUAAUUCUUGUCGAGAAUGUGCAUUUAAAAGAUUUAAACGUUAAAUAACCCAAGAACAAUGUAUUUGAAAAUCCAAAACAAAUUUUAAAAAAAUAACUGUAAAACAUAACUAUUUUAGACAAUAGUACAAAAAAUUUACAAAUAUGAACAAAGGUGAUAAGUCGGGUGAGGGAAAAUUCGAUUAUGUCCUAGAGCUCUACUGCUCACGGGUACUUUUUAAUCCACGAGAGAGAACAUUAAAAUAAUAUUUUUUUUUUAUUAUUACUAUUUCACAAUUGUAUUCUCUUUAUAUUAAAUUGUUCCAAAAAUAUGUUGAUAAUAAAUUUAUCUGACGUAUUUAGCAAAUUUAUAUGAACAUUUUUCAUUUUAUUCAAUCAUUUAAAAGCGUAUUUUGAGUUUUUUUUUUAUGUUAUUGUGUGUGCAUAAUAUAUUCCGCCGAUAUUUUCAACUCUACUUAAAAACUUCUAUACUUUCAAUAUAAUACAAUAUUAUUAGCAUAAUGCGCUUUGUAAACGUAUUUUUUUUCGUUUUAUUUCCUAUACAUUUCGCUAUACUUUAUUGUAUACUCCGUUCGAAUAUUUUAAUUUCUUGGAUCUGAUUUUAUUAUGCGUAUGCAAAUUUAAUCUUUAGAUACCCGUAUAUAUUUCUAAGUUUGACACGAUGUAUAGGUACCUAGGUAUUCGUAAUAGAAUUUUAAUAAAGGCAAGAAAAAAUAAUCGUCAAUUGCAACAGGAAUUUUUUCAUCAAAAUACGCGCACAUAUAUUAUAAGCAUACUUUUAAUUUUUUAUUUAAUUUGUUUUCUGCAUCGGUUAUUCUUUCGGUACCGUAUUGCGUGUUAUUUAUAAGCACCAAAUUGUAUUAUUAAUUCGAAGUAUUUCAAGUAGGUAGUGUACAACUAUAGUAUAACUAUAGUGUGUAUACGCGUGCACUCGUAAUCGUUUAAAGUCCAUUAUUAUAUAUAACCUAAAGCCAUUUGCGAAACAAGUCAUUUUUCGUGAUUAUAUUUACAAGAUGAUAAUAUUAUUAUGUUUUUACAUUGUUAUUAUUAUUAUUAUUCGUUGUGUUUAUUCAGUACUAACAACUCGCAAGCCGUAGGGAUUUGUUAUUUCUCCACGUCGGUUUUAGCGUAGUCACCCUUUCGAUUUAAUUAACUCGAGAAUAUAAAUGUAUUAGGGACGAGGAACGCAUUCGAUGUUUAUAUGUUAACCAACACGGAGUUUUUCAAUCUUAAAUUGAAAUUCUGUAUUAUUACGGAUUUCAAUGAAUACACGUGUUACACUGUAAAAUAAGUUUGUUAUUUUUAUAAUUUAGUUAUCGAUGCAAUUUAUUUGAUUAUUGCAUAUUUUAUUUUUCGCGGUUUUAGGGGAUGCGGUAAACGUAUAAGUAUCCACGCCGGGAAAUCGUACUAUAUUUUUAUCGGUCUCUAAACUUUAACGAGCGUCCAUUCGUCAGAAUCUCGACGGUCUCGUUUUCGCAUGAAUUUUGCGCGUGUUCGGCGUUUCCGUAAUCCAUCAUCUUGAUAAGCGUAGGUAUGCAUUUACUAGUCACAAAACCACUGUGAUCAGUUUUUUUUUUGCAUUCUGUGUGUAGCGAAGAAGCUAUUAUAAUUUCACUGAGUAAAGCGUCAAAUUCCACUCGGUUCAAAAAAGGUAGAUAUAAUACAUUUUCUAAUAAUUGAAAAAUAUAUUACCUUAUAUCCUCGGAAAUCAAUUGCCAGAAUGAAAUUUUUAAACUUAAUUUGUUACAAUUGUAAUUGUUAACAAAAAUGAUUUCAAAUAAUAAUAGUAAUAAUUCAAAAAAUAUUUCACUCUCUUACAUUUACUAUAAAAAGAUAGCUUACUUUUAAUCGUACCAAUGAUUAAAAUCAUUGUCAGUUCGAAGCUUGUAAAUCGGAAGGGAAAUAAGUGUUUCGAACAAUUUUUUUUAAAUUUGUUUUGAUGCAGUUCGACCCUUUACAAUUUAGGUAAAACUAAAAAGUGUGAUAACUCGAUAAAUUGAAUGUUUAUCGAUUAGUAAUAAAAAUGGUCAGAUUCAAUCUGUACAUUAGGGCUUUCCGUUGGAUGGAGUACUUAAUUUGAAACAUUUUUUGAGGUUUUCGUCUCUUUUUAUUUUUUCUUGGAAAAUGUGUUUUUAGUUAGUAACUUAACUAGGAAUCAAAUGUUCAUUGUAAUUUUAUCAACACUAGGCGAAUAAUUAAAACUAAAUAGCUGUCAAUUUGAAUCUGUUCGAACGACGGCGAAUUAAUAUAAUAUUUACUCGAGGAAAAAUAAUAUACAGAAUUUCCCUAUACGAAGUCUUUGAGAAGCAACUAAAUUUACCUUUGGAAAAAUUGGAGAGGGUGAGGGGGAAAAAAGGAUAACUAAGUUAUCUAUAUUAUGUAUUCCGUUUGUAGAUUUUCCAUUGGUCGUGUCCCAACGUCGACUACGGAUCCUAUAAGCUACCUAUAUAGAAUUACGAAACUUCCGUCUGAUGCAGCAGUCACAUCCUUACCGCGGAUAUAAAACUUAUAAUUAAGUUCCACUGACUUUGAAAAGAUCAUCGAUAGUUUACAUACACCGUUAUUGACCUUUUCGAAUACAUAAAUUAUUAAAAAGAAAGUUUAUAUAUAUAAAAAAAAAAAAAUACUACCUACUAGCGAUUUCGUAUUUUCACUCGCGUUUAUUGAUAUUCCGUUGUUAUUUGCCUAUACGUACAAAAGUAUUUCAAACAACAUUUUAUAUUUAUAUUUUCUACUCUAAACAGAGAAAAAAUGAUAAAAAGGCGUAUGUCUGUACUUCAAAUACGGAAUAUUAUACAUCAUUAUGAAGCUCUUAGAAGGUUGGACAAAAAGAACAGUGGACACUCACUUCCCCCUCGUAUAUAGUACAUUCGACCACCGAACUAGAAAAAUUACACGUUUAUCUUGAACUAAAUGGUGUUAGGUGCACAGUGCCAGCUUGUUUGCUUACUCAAAACAUGUCUUACAGGAAAAAUUAUCAUGUGUCGUAGUGUGUUCCCGAUUUCAACGAUUAUAUUUUGUUAGAAAGGAGACUUUCUAUAGACUGCGUUGAAUUAUUUUUUCAAUAUUUUCAUCUCAAACUUUAAAAUGCGUUUUUAAAAAUAGUAAAUUUUAAACUUUUAUUCUCGAACUUUUUUUAUACCAUUAUUUAAAAUCAAAUGAAACAAUUCGAAAUUCAAUGUAGUUUAUAGAAUCAUGUUAUAUAUAUAUAUAUAAUAUAUAAAAUCGAAUAUGGAAAUCUUUAUUACGGGUUAGCUUCGAAAAUACUUAUUCAAUCGUCAUUUAGUUUUUUUUUUUAAAUUAAAGUGAAUAUCACAGAGCAGGUUUUAGUCAUACAUUUAGUCCGACAAAGUAAUACCUAAAUAAUUAGUUAUUAAUUAAAAUAAAUAUGUUAAUUAUAUACCAGUAAACAUUAGUAACACGGAUAAAAUGAAAAUAAACACAUGUUGUACUGGGUUGCAAUUUAUAUGGUCAAAAUGUCUCUACGGUAUCUAUGGUUUCUUUCCAAUUAUAUUUUCCUAUGUUUACUGUUUUCAUUAUCUAUGUCAUUAUUGAACAAUUUACGACAUCUACAGUAAAUUACGUUUUCAACGUGUUACAAUUUUUGUUUGUUGUUGUUGUUUUUCUUUUCCUGGUUAUUUUUUUUUAUUUAUCGCAUAACGUCCAUGUAAAGGAUAUGAGAUUUUGAUCGUUCCACAAAUAGUGCCCAAAAAAAUGCGCUUAUCUAGGAACAAUCAUUCACAAACGCACGAUCAAAAUACUGAUCAAUUUUACGCGGAUUUUCGCAAAAUGAUCCGCAUUGUCUGGAGAAGAUUUUAAACUAUUAGAAUCUCCGAUCUGACCAGCAGAAGUAGUAGACCUAAUCUGCAGUAGUUUGGGUUGUAUACAAGUAUUUUUCAUUGCUUAGCAACCGUAUAACUAAUCCGUAUAAGUUUGAUAUGAAAAUUCAAGAAAAGGUAUUUUUAAAUAUUUAAGGACAAUAACGGUUAACUACAGUAUUUUGAUGAGGAUUAAAACAGAAAAUCCAGGUAGAAAACGUUUUUAUUACAUAUACGUUUGAAAUGGCCGAACGGUCAACGCAGGGUUGUCAGAUAGUAUAAUAUAAACGUCUGUUUCGGUCGAGAUUUAGUUAUAUUCCCACAAUUAUUGGCAUCGUAAAAGUAUGCUGAUUGUCGUUUUCUUAUAUAGUGUUCUAGAAUAUUUUGGUCAUUUUUAUCGUAAAAAAAAAUAAAAAAUAAAAAAAAAUAUAUAUGUAUGUAAAUAUACGUUGACAAGGAGCUUUUCCUGUUUUUUACGAAAUUAUUAUUGUCCGUAUACUGAUUAGUGACUUUUGACCCUUUCCUACAAAUAAAUAAAAGACAUUAGAUUAGUAAAAAAAUCUUAUCAUUCAAAUGUUAAAAAUAAAUAAUAAUUUUCAGAUUUUAUUAAAAUUAUAAAAAAUUAUGAAAACUGGCUCCUCAAUUGUUUAGUCUCGAGCCAACAGUACUUGUGAAAAAAUAACGCGGUUACUGUGUUAUAAAAAUAACAUUGUAACAUCAUGACGACUUUUGUGAAUAUCAUUAUCAUCUGUGUAGCAAAGGGUUCUGGGUUUAUGACUUUUGUUGUGUUUUUUUUUUUUGUCUCAGAUGUAGAAUUUUAUACUCUGAUCCAAAUAAAAUGUUUAGUAAAUAUCGAUUGGUAAUUUGACCGAAUUGCGCCAAUGGAAUGAUAUUAGACUUUUAUGUGGAUCCGAACAGUUUUGUACACAGUCAGUUACCUGCAACCGUGAUAGUGCAAAAGUAUGUUCGACCACAGGGUAUAGUCAAAAAUAAAAAUCUUUUUGUGUCCUGACGUUUUAUACUUAAGUGCAGUCAAAAGUAUACUCAUAGGUAGUUCGAUUGAAUGAUAUUUUUCUUCGACCAUGAUGCGAUGCUGUAGUCAUGGAUAAAUUAAAAAAUAACAUUUUUACGCUUACCCAGUCGCGUACUCAAUAUCAGUGAUAAACAUCUUUGCUCCCAAAAAAGUAUGUAUUCCAGACAGUAGAUCAAAACCUAUUUACUUCUUUUCAAAUAAAUUGUUACAUUUUUUUUAUUUCCUGCUUCAAAUGCCGUUUAUAGGCUCAUAAUUAGGUUAGGUUAGAAGAUUCCCUCCUUCCACUUUUUCUGAUUCUACUUACUUGCGAUCAACCACCCCCAUAGUAUUUUUAGAUCUUUUUCAACUUUAUUAGACAAUAGUUUCUUGGGUCUACUUAAGGAUCAUGUUUAAUACGACACAAAAUACAAAAUAUGAAAAACAAGACAUUAUUUGUUUGUUUAUUUUAUUUUAUUAAUGUUAAUAAUAUUUUGUGAUACUCGUACACUCAUGAUUUUUACUAGAUAUUUUUAACAAAUCUUCAUAUCCCCCACUUUAAAAAUGUACUAUUAUGUCCCUACACUUAACUUACUCUAUGCUAACAAAAUAUUAUUAAAAAAAAAAAUAUUAAGUGUAAUACAAAAAUGCAUUACUUAUAAUAAAUACAUAUAAUUCCAGUAAACUAAUGUUGCCUGUGCAGUCGACUCCCAAACACCGGUAAAAUCAUUUCGUUUUUCUUCUAGGUUUUCUUUCUUUCUUUCUUUCUUUCUUUUUGGCAUUUAAUAUGUGUAAGGCCUUUUGUGUUGGUUUGGCAGUCUUAACACCAGGCGGUGGUUAGUCACGUACUACGACACGGAUAAUUCAUUUCCCAAAGAGGGAAAAACAACAAAAACAUAAACGCUCUGUGAAAAUCGAAUUUUAUUUUUAUCCGUGGUUUAAUGUGACUAAAAAUAAAAAUGGAAAUAUUAUACAGAAAUUUUCUUGUAGUUUUCUUAAUAAAUAGGAAACCGAAAAAUUUGUUACAUAAUUUUUUAUAAUAUUUUGGUUACAUUGGUAACAAGAGGGAAAAUGCGACUGAUAAUAAUCUGCUUACAUUCGUUUUUCGAUAACAGUCGAUAAUCCUCACGUUUAGUUAAUUACUCUGUAUACUUUCCCUUAUCGCUUCCUUUUUAAAAUAGUGGCACACCAAUUAGCGAAUGGCUGACCGUAGAAGUAUUUACUAGUGGUUUGGGGGGGGAUCAUAGUUGGAUAAUAUACCAAGUAUUUAUGUAAAAAUCAUAAUAUUUUCUAAAUUACCGUAUGGGGGAGGGUGUGGUUCAUUAUGAUCCUACCCUACGGUCAGCCUUUAAUCAGCAGGAUCAGCAUUUUUUAAAUUAAUUUUUUUUCGAAAAUAUAGAAUAAAACUAUUAAUGUUGAAAUUGAAUAUUGACAUAUUCUUUCUGGGUUUACAUAUUUUGAAACCAUAAAGUCCGUUGCAGACUGCUAGAACGGUAGGCGUGGUGGUUCAGCUUUGGAAAAUAUUUAAAACCUAGAAAAUUUCGAUUUUUACCCGAUGCUUUCAGAUUUCGAGUUGAAUAUGCUUCCAAAAGUUAUAUCUGAGGACUCAGGUGUAUACUUAUUCUCUAUUUUUAGAUAUGGCAAACGCAAAGUUUAACAUACACAUAUUAUACAACGGGAUUAUUAAAACUCGAAUUACUGCAUGACGACAUAUAGUAGUAGUAAUGAUAUCCGGAUUCAAAAGAACUUUAUUACAUGUUCCAGUAGCUUUUUGAUUAGCAUUGAAACGGCAUAUAAACCAAUAUAAGUAGCUUUUAGAAUCAUAAAUACAUAUUAUAUAAUUCUCGUUUUGUGGUAGAAGAUUAUUUAAUCGACUGUAAUGUAGAGAAUAUUAUAUUAAAAUAUUCUACUAGACUUUUAGAUUGUGAGCACUGCUAGGAAUGUAUUGGUUUUACUAAGAUAAGUUUUUUACAUUUUUUCUAGUGUCUGCCUUAUUUUCAACUGUAGCAUAUUUUUAAAAGUAAAUUGUAUUUAAUAUUGGUGUAUUGAAUCAUUGGAUUUGAGGUCAUUUUUGACUUUCCUUGUAGUUUUUUUUGAGAAAAACCGGGAAAUAAUCUUGAAAAAACCGAGAAAAUUUACAGCAAAAACGGUUUUGUAGUUUUCGUAUUUUUGUUUUUGUAAUUUUGUUAAAAAUAAUCUUAAAGACGUGUAAUUUACACACAAUACAAUUACAAUUUUUGGACAUCAUAACAUUUUUAAUAAUUUUUCGAAUUGUUUUAUGUUUUUAUUUGGUUUAUUUAAAUGAAUUUAAGUAGAAAUUUAUACUUUAAAAUAUUAAAAAAAGUUUAUCUUAACUUACUAAGUAAUAAAAAAAAAAAAAUUAAAUGUAAAAUAGUUUUUUCUUUUAUAAAAUUUAAACAUUUUUACGAAAAUCAUAAAAAUCAUGGCAUUACAAAAUAUUUUGAGUCGAACUUCAAAUUCGAAUUGAUUUAUUAUUAUUAUUAUUGCGGCAGGAUCGAAUUCGUAUGUUAAUGGACGAAACGAAUUAAAUAAUGGAUAAUCAUGAGCUUAUCGGAAAUGGAUAAUAAAGGAUUUGAUUUUAAAUAUAAUGCCCGGUAAAUGGGAAUAUUUGGUGUAUGUAUUUAAUGGGAGUUUUGUUUUACAACAUUAAUUCGGCCAACAAUUUUUUACAAAUACAAAAUUAUAUAAAUAAUACAAUAUUCUAUUCUAAUGACGUAUAAAUAUAUAUAUAUAUUUUUUUAUUUUUGAUUCAGUUAUACAAAUAUAAUUGAUUGAAAAUAUACAGCCAAUGAACAACAUCACCAUUUUAUACUAAUCAAAAACGUAAAGGUCGAUAUUUUUGGAAUUAAAUUUGUAAGAUUUGAAAAAUAAAAAAAUUACACUCGUACUACAGUCCCAUUAUGGUUGUAGUACAGUUAAACACGAGCAAAAACAAAAUGUACCUGUAUAGGUACUUAUAUUUAUUAAAAUUAGAUUUAAUCAUAGUUCAAAACGGGUAAACGAGCUUAUAAAAACAAAACCCCCACGUCCUACAUAAUUAGGGAUGUCAGUCCUUGGAAUAUUAUGAACGCUCUUGGUUUUUUGUAUAUCCCGCAGCGCACUAACGACACGCGGUUACCCUUAUACGUUUUUUUUUUUACUUUUAUUUCGUUAAUACUGUUAUCGUUUUACCAUCAACAAGCUCGUUUUAUUUUAACGCAUACUAUAAUAUAAUAGUAAUUAAACUUCGUAAUGCAUCGAUCGAUGAACAUAAAGUAAACAGUGCAUCGAUAACGGAAAAAUUUGUAAGUUUAAAUGGUUCUAUUACCAAUACAUAAAUAAUAACAAUUUUAUUCAACCACUAAUAGUACAUUUUACUAUAUUAUUUAUAACUUAAUACAGUGUGUCCCACCGUGUUCGACGGAUUUUUCUAAUGUCAUUAAUAUUAAAUUUGUUUCGAUUUCUUUUCUUCAAUCGGGUUGUCUUCGAGUGGGACAUCGAUUUGGAUAAAAAUUAAAUUUCUAUUUUCAUCUCCUAAAGACAAAAAUAAAAUAACUUUUUAUUUAUUUACUUUAGAAAAUAGCCAUUUUGAAAAAAAAUAUUAUUCUAAAAAUUUCAAAGUAUCAUACAUUCAUAUCCGAUUAAUUGUUUCCUAAUUAUAGCCUUUUUAGUUUUUAGAAAAUAGGCGUGAUAACAAUUAAUAUUCAAUAGAAGGUAAAAAAUUAUCAUGCUGGUUGUUGUUCCUUAUCGCAUAACGUGAUAUUUUAUUUAAAACUAAUUGUUUUCACUCCUAAUUAAAACAGCCAUAACUAAGAAAUUAUUCACCAGAUAUGAAUGUGUGAUAAAUUAAAAUGUUGAGAUUCAAGAUUUCGAGCAUUUAGUGUUAAGUGCUUACGUUUCCUAUAACAUUGUUGAAGUGGCGGUCAGGCUGCGCAAAGAUUGAACUAAAAAUCGCGAUAUAAUCGAAAUAGCGUUUUUAUGGCCGUAUCAAUUUAUUUUACACGUCUGCAGCUACCCGUGAGCUUUUCAAUUAAAGUAACCAUUGCGGUAUAUUGUAGGACGACGUUCCGAAGUACCUAUUAUAUAGUUCUAACUGUUCGACUAUCCCGAGUAAGAAUUUCACGAAUUGGUACAAAAAUAGAUGUUACUAACCGUUAUACAUGUAAGUAUAUCGGUUUUUUUUUUUUUGUUGUUCACGAAAAACCAAAAUUUCGAUCAAUAAUCAAAAUUUCAAAUUCUGAGCUCUACAUGCACCAUAGGAAUCUAUAUUUGUUUAUGUAUUAUAAUUUUUCUUGGUUUUGGUUCUUAAAAUUUUAAUUUAUUUGUUUAAAUUCACAGCCAUAUAGAACUACGUUCUGCAUAUAAUCUUCCAGGAACUUUUUCUUACUAGUAACGUUAGGUUAGGUUAUUAACCACUAUUAAUGGUCAGUAGAUGAUUUGUAUUCUGAAAAAUUAUUUUUUCUUCUACUAUCAUACUAACUAUAUCUACUUUACUUCGGUUGCUAUCAGUUAUUUUAUAAUUCCUAAAUAAGUAAAGUAUUCUACUUGCUCUAUCAAUGCGUUAUCUAUUGUCAAUUAAAGGUAUUCGAAGAAAAAUUAGUACUCACCUUUCCGUUCGUUGCAUACAAUAUAUAGGUCAGUGUUCGACAGUUGUAUUGUUUAUUGACUUUAUAUAGGGUGUUUUCAAAUAUUCGUUCAUUAUCGUCACUAUUAUAAGUAUAGCUGUCACCGGAAUCGGAUACCCGCAGACGUAAAUAAAUUACAAGAAUCGAGCGAUGAGAAAUCGCUUUCUUAUCGUAUCCGUAGCGUUAAUACGGUGAUAUAUUACAAUUUGAAAAUUGCUUUACUUCGGCAAAAACAACAUAAUAUUUAUUCAAAUUCAAAAUGAAAACUCGAUAUUAUAGGCAGCGAAGUUAUCAGCAUGUUGUUUCGUAAAGUUUGCGCUUUGUCUCUAAAAUAUGUAGUUCAAUUUACUGUUCCGGAAUAGCGAACGCAACGGUUUUGACGUGAUGUUCAUAUAAUAUACGUAAACAGUAGAGUUAAUGGGAAAUCACCUAUAUUUUAUGUUGAUGUUUGCGGCAUAAAGUACUUUUUAUUAAAGACGAAUCACACACGGUGAAAAGGUAAAAUUGUUUCACGCAGAUAGAUGUAUUAAAACAGCCAAGUUUCAUCGUUGAAAAUAGAACAAAAGAAAUAUUUUUACAAACAAGAGUUGAUACCGGGGUCGGGUGUGCCACUGUUUUUGAUGGGAAGUUGGGUAGUGUUAAAGUUAUAUAAUUUAUAUCUGUAACAAUGAUGGACAAAAAACGAUUUGGAGCGAAGUUCGGUUAUACAUGUUUUCGAAGGCCGUAGUUUUUAAGAUUAAAAUUAAUAUUCAUGAAUAUUCUUAGCAUCAGCUAUUACCUAUCUUUCCGCUUGUUAUAUUAGGUUCUUAUUUUAUAUUGUGUUCGUUUUUAAUUUGAUUAAAUUAUUAUUGGAACAAUAAACUGUGAUUAAUCUUACUUACAAUAUAAUUACUUACUUAUAAUGAAUAUCUCAUAUAAUAUCUAAAUUAUAUUACCGUAGAUUUAAUUAAUGUUCUUUAAACUUAUAUAUCGAUAUUUUUUUGUUUAAUAAUUAUUUUUGUUCUAGCAAUCAAUUAUCCAAAAUUUAUAUCUUUGAGAUAUAUCUGUAAUAUAAUAUUCUAUGGAUAAUUUUUUGCCGAUUGUAAUUAUUAUAUUGGAGAAAUUCGCGUGUUUGUUCCUAGAUGAUGAAAUAAAAAUGAUAAAUAACCUAUUCCAAUCUUUUAUUUUCUAUUCGGAUAUUCUAUUAAUAUUUUAUGAACUUCUAUGUAUUACUUGGUCAAAAAUAUAUUAUAUUCAAGUAUUUUAAACCUAAGGUAUGUAUACGUAUACAAAUCUUUAAUCGAUACCUAAAAAAAAUGUUGGCAGACGAUUUAUAUUUAUCGCCCACCGUUUUAACCUGGAACGUCUACAUCGGCCAAACAAACGUGAGAAUCUCACGAUAAAUCGAACGAAUAUCAUCGUGAUAGUAGUAAUAUAAACACUCGAAAUAAAUCGGCACUAGCUGUUUAUUACUUCCUGUCCGAGUCUGCCAGGUUUUUACCACGCUUGCGGUCAUCUGGACGGUCGUAUAUUAUGAUAUACUAUACCCACGCCAAUAAUUGGUGCAUUUCUUUUUUUUUGACGUUGUUUCCUGCUGCCAAGCCUAUAAACCGCAAAAUCAAUUAUCUGCCGUUUCUCCGGCGACACCCAAAAACAUUAAGUCGACAAAAUAUUGCGUAUCUAUGUACAGCCACUACAGCAGCACGAAUUUCAAAAUUUGAUUUUAUUAGUUUGUUAACGAUAUUAAUUGUGUUGUAGUGUUUUCAAAAAUUGUUUGUCCUAACAUUUUUUUUUAUUUUUUGUUUUUUUGCACAUACCUUGUAUCUCAGCUAAUAGCACAUGACCUUAAAGUUGAAAUGGAAUCUAUUUUCAGCUGCAAUUUAAAAAUAAAAAUAAGCUCAGCUCCUCACGAUUUUAGUUUUAAAAUCAUCCCUGACUGUUGAAGAGGUGAUAAAGACCUCUGAAGAAAUUAUUCUCUUAUAUAUUAUAUAAUCUGCUGAGUAAGUCAUUGUUUCUUACAAUACAAUAUUUGUUUUUCAAAAAUAGUUAAAAUUAUUUUAUAAGUACAUGCAGAUUCUGAAUGGAAAAUGUUUUGAUCUUUCGAUGCCGUGUAUUUUUUUCUUCUUUUAUUAGUUUUCUUAUCCAUGGUAUUUCAAUUACGGAUAAAGGAAUACUUUUACAGUUGAAUGAAGCAUCUAAAUUAUAAGAAGUAUAUUAAAAAUUGAACAAAGACACUAUGAUUAACUUAAAACGAAAAUGCCUUAAUUUAUUCGAGGUUGUUUUUUAACGAAAUCGAUUUUAACCUAACCAAAAAAAAAAAAUAAAAAUAUUUUUAAACUUUAAUAUUUUAUAGGAAUAUUUUAAUUACAUGUGCAUUUACUGUUUAAUUUUUAUUAAACACGUUUUUUAAUUUUAUAAUCUCGAAAAACAAGUACCGCAGUCUUUUGGAGUUUAAUCAACGGACAAAAUGGUCUAUUUGUUUGUAACCUUGUGAUGUUAUUUUACUCUUUCAGUGAACGCUAAUUUUGUGCGUACACAUACCUAACGUGUUUCACGCGACUAAUUAGUACUUUAGGAAUGUGUAUAAUCUCUUGGAUUUUAACCGACAUUUAUGCCUCAGAAAUUGCGCGAUGAACGGCCAAAAUAGACUAUGAAAAUUAAAUAUACGAUUGCUUUUAAAUUCCUACGCAGAGUAAUUUUCGAAUGCAAUUGUAUGUAAUAACAAUCGUAUUAAUUAACAAUUGAAAAUAUUACGGAAAAAACAAAUAAUAUUUUAAAAGCACAGCUUUUAUUUUAUUUUUUGCGAACGAUAUUUUUAAAAUUUUAAUUACAGAUUGCGAUUUCUCUCGGUAUGUGCAUAUUAUACAAGUAUAUAUGUAUAUAUACGCAUAUGUGCCAACAAUAUUAUUAUGGUUUUUUUUUUUAUAUAUAUACUUUAGGCCCCCUCCUGAUUUGUAUGCAAUAUCAUUUUACGCGGAUGCUCUUGACGUCAUCAUCGCGUCGUCGUCGUCGUUCAACGAAGCAGCCACCGUAUUAAUAUAAUAAUAAACUCGAAGCCAAUAAUAAUAAUAUGUACAUCGUCAAAUUCCUAUAUCACAAAGAGCUUGACAUAACCCGAUCCUUUGCAGGCCACUUGCUGGGUCCACUUCAGUUCACGAUAAAAAAAAAAAAAAAACAUCUUGAAACCGCAGACUACAUAUUAUAUAUAUAUAUUAUUUAUAUUGACAUUUCAUCCAUCAUUAAAAUACUGCAAACAAUUUGUCACAUUAUCAAAAACUUUGUUAUUAAAUUAUUUCUGUACAGCGAAGUCCCUCUUCAAAAUAACCCUUAAUCAAAAUAUUUACAUUUAAUACGUGACGUAUAAAAAAAUUUGAAAAUGCAACGAAAAUUUCGGGAAUUUUUUAUUUUAUUUAUUUGAAGAAAAAUACAAAAUAAUGGACUUUAGACAGAAUAUGAACAAGAUUCUGAAUUUACGUUUCAAGGUCAACUAUAUUUUAUAUUAGGAAUAUUUUACGAUAUUUUGAGGGCACACUUUGGGAAUAAAAUAAUUAUAUUAUGUUUUGCCUAUAUCAUUUUCAUUACGGAAUUGUUAAACCAACUGGGGCGAAAUACGAAUUCAGUAAAUAUAAGUUAAUAAUUUAUGCACUCUGUCCAUAAAAUAAUCGACCGUGGAUUAAUGACGAAUUUGCGAUCUCUUUAAUUUAUAUAUAAACAAAUAUUAUUCUUCAAAGUACUUUUCAUAAUUAAUAGUUUUCUGUGUUUCCUGUUGAGGUAAAACACCGGAUGCAAACCAAAUAGCGAACAAAUUCAAUAUACUGUCUUAUUUCUAUAACUAUGUCCAUUUCUUCAAAACGUCUCCUCUUGAGUUUAAAUACAAUUGUCAAUUAAAACUUCUUGAUUCGCUUUAUCUUGUAUUUUAUACGAUAUCAUGCAGCUAUAUAAUAUUAUCACUAUAAUUACUGGAUCGCAGAAGUUAGAAAUGUUGCAAGUUUACGCACAUUACGUUCACCGAUAGUUUGCGAAACAUUGGAGUUUGCUCACAUUUGAUCCGAACAUAGUCUAUAGAUGCAUCACGUUCUUGACAUUGGGAUAUUCAAAUCUAAUAAUUAUUGUAAUAAUUAAUUGUCACUGUUAUGCAAUGUAAAGUAAAAAUCAGUUAUAUCAUUUAUAAUUGAUUAUAGAUAUUUAUAAGUAUUUUGCAAAUUAUAAAUCCGUUAAAGAAGCACAUCAUUUAUAGUAAAAUGUAAACUUCGUGUACGAUUUAUGCAAUAAAAAUCGUCUACUUAAUUUAAUAAAUAUUAAAUAUAUACUAUAAUACACUUAAUACUUAAUAAUUUAAUUUACUUAAUAAUCACUUAAUUUUUCUCUGACCUAACCUAACAUGCAUCGUUAUAAUGUUUCAUUUAUUUUUGUUUUAUAAAUCAUUUAAAACAACUAAAAUGAUUAAAGAAAGAUAUUUAAAUUCAAUUAAAAUUGACUCAUUUGGUUCAAAGGGAGUCGCUAAGAGAGUCCAAAAGUAGCGGGGAAAUAAUACAUAUAUAGGUAUAUAUUACAAAUAUAUACAUACACUGUGUAACAGUAUCUAUGUAUGGUGAAUAUGUGUUGGCAUUAAAACAUAAAAUUAUUAUCAUUAUUAUUAUUAUUAUUAUUUUUAUUAUUAUUACAAUAUAAACGAAUGAUGGGAAAAUUAAAAGGAUUUAGAAAAUAUAUACUUUUCAUUAUAUAUAUAUAUAUAUACUCGUCCGGGUGAACGGAAAUAAAAAGCUUCCAUGGUACAAAAUUUCGAAAAGAGAAAUCACAAUAAUUAUAAUUGUGGUUUUUAUAUAGAAAACAUUAUGAUUUAUAAUGUAUUUCAGCCCCCAAAAAAACAAAAAAAAAAAACCGUAGGUGUAUUUAUAAUAACGUUUUAAUGUAUUUUUCAUUCAAUUCGGCUAUACAACGAUAAUGCACGAAACGAUUUUUCAUAUUAUGCAGUAUGCAAAUUAUUAUAUCUGAAACGUAAUGUUCUGGUAGAAAUCGUUUAGAAUACAUUUAUUUUAAAUAUUACACGUAAAGAACGAAACAAUUUAUAAGUAUUGUACGAUGACGUUCUACCGUUCACUGAUACACUAUCAAAAAAAUGAUACGAUAAUAGUUGUCAUUCGACGAUAAGAUUUAAUAAUAAUAAUAAUGAAUAAAAAACUCCAAAGUAAAACUUUUUUAUUUAAAUGUAUUUAUUAAAUAAAUAAAUGAAAAUAUAAGUAUCAAUUUUUUUUUAUGUAUAUAAUAGACAAUUUUAAAUGGCUUAUUCUGCAAUGACAUCUGCUCUUGCGUUCAAAUGUUCAAUUAUAUCCAUGUUAGGUAUCAUAUUCGAUAAAAACCAUGAUUAAAAAAAAAAAAAAAAACUUUUAGAAACAUGUACGAUGGUGUCGACGUUCUUUUUAUCUAUAGGUAUUAACGUCUGAGGAAAAAAAGAUUAAAUAUCGUAUCAAAAAUAUUGAAGAGCUAACUAAAAUAUUUUAUUUUAUUUUUUUUAAAUUAUUAUUACAAUUAAUGAAUUAAUAAUUUACUGAAUUAUAUUCGUGUUUUUUUUGGUGACAUUUUUAAAUUAUGCUACAAAAAAAUUAAAUAACACUGAUGGUUUUAUGGUGUGGUCUGAAAUGAUUGACGAAAUUAUUUUUUAUCUAACUUUGGAAAUGUAUACACUAAAAUACGCGAAUAAACGCGUGCACUGCACGAUAAGAUAUAAAAGCAGAUUUUAAACAAUAUAUGGGAUAGCGCGUAACUUUUCCAUUAAAACGCAUUACACAUUAUAUUAUAAUAAUACCUAAAUAUUAUGAUAAAAUGAAACCAUCAAACCUCUAACCUGAACUCGAAACUUGGCGUAAGUAUUUCUUUACAAUCUACAAAAAAAAAAAAAAAACGAUAUUUGGACGACUUUGUGAACUUACUGACCGCGUGGUUAUAUUAUGUAUUCUGUACCACAAGAAAAACAAAACACAACCUUAAAAAAUAAUUGUACCUUAAAAACUUAAAAGUAAUAAAAAUAAUAAUAUAUAUUUUAACGGACCUACUAUAUUUUACUUUUAAAAAAUAUAUCAUAUUCGAUAACGAGUGUUAGUUUUUGAACUCUUAUUUGUUUUCGAGCAUUUAAGUGGGGAGACGCGGGGACACAGGAAUUAUGUAAUCGAGUCCAAAUAUAAAUUGGUUUAAUCAUAAAAUUACAUGAAAUAUUUUUAGUCGAAUUUUUGAUUUAGUUGUUGAGGAAUAAGUUGUUUUCGAAUUUGAAAAAAAGUUAAAUAAUAAAAACUAAUAAAUAAACGGCGUUACGAUUUUAAAAUUUUUAACUUAGUUAAUAAGUAAAAAAGCCCUGUUUUGAAUUUCCUCGUAGUUUUUUUAAUAAAUGAGCAAAUUCGAAAGAAAAAAACGGCAAAAAUACUGAAAACAUUUUUUCAAUUUUACUUUUUUGUUGCAAUUCAAUAAGAAAUAUUCGUAGAGAUUUGAAAUUUUAACAACAACUUAUACUUCAAUUUUCUAUGUGUGGUAAAAUUGUACGAAGAUUUUAUUUCAUUGGUACUAUAAGGAUAUUAGUAUUUGACCAAACAAAAACCAUUGAAAACUGAAUAGGAGGUUUAUAAUAAGUUAUACUGGGUGGUAACAAAAAAACGUAGAUCGUAAUGUUGUAAUUAUUUAUGAUAGUGGUUUUAACGUACAAUUUUGAUUAAAAUAAUAAAAAUUAAGGUUUUCAUGUCAUGUAUAUACAAACUGCACUGAGAGUCGUUUUACAUUGUCGUUAGUCAUUGCUUACAGAUAUAAAUUUAAUAACUUUAUGUAUCCUACAUUCCCAACUUACCACUUACAACAGUGAUACACCCAUCAGCAGUAGCAGAUUUUUUUUUUUUUUGUUUUCUUUAAUAUUGUAUUAUUACAUAAUAUAAAUAUUUAUCGUUUGCGAAGGAAUUGCAGAGGAAUUCGACUAUAUGACGGAAACCUCUGCUGCUCAUGGGUAUUUUUUUUUCGAUUUUUGUGUUUUUCUUGGCCGCGAACGCGUUUUAAUACAAACUAUAAUAUAGUUCAUGUAUAUUAUAUGGAAAACAACAACAAUAAUAACAAUAAUAUAAAUCGGUGGAAAAGUUAUGCACACUAAGAUAGAGACGCUUUAUUUUGUCCUCAUGAAAUGCAGCACUUACCCUGCUUGCGAUCGAUAGCGUGUGUCACCGAGCACAUAUUUUUUAAAGGGGUCGGAAGAGCUUCCUCUUCAACCAUAUCCAAGGCUUUGUGCGGCGACAGCAGCGGUCCCGUGACUUAUUACCCGACCCUCAAGUGUAUUUCCGACCCGGAAGAAAUAUACCACCUCCACUAUAUCUUCUUGUCACUAUCUACCUGUUCAAUAAACGUGGUCCGAACCUUAUUAUUACCUUAUUUUCCGUCGUCGUUGCAAAUAAGUGCUUUAAUAGCGAUAUAGCGGUAAGCGACUUUUUUUCACGAGACAAACGACGUAACAGCAUUUCUUUUGUGUCAAAUAUUCGAUUUUUUUUUAUAUUUGUGAAUAAUUUUUCUACCAGAAAUCUUGCUCCAAUCAAACAUUUAUAAGAAAUUUCCCGUAGAAUUUUUAAUUUAGUUAGUACUUUAAAAAGGUCAUUUUUUUUAUUUGCAUUAUAGUUUUCUUAAUAAAUAUGAAAAACCGGUAAUAUUUUGUAUUAUUUAUGUUGAUUUUUUGAUUAAACAGAUAACAAAGGAAAAAAAUAUGAUUAUUAAUACUUUGCCCAGAACCGUUUAAAAGUUUUUCGGUUGAAAUUGUUAUAGUAUUAUAUCGUUGCAUACAGAUAUAAAAUUACUCUAUACAAACCGGUUCAACUUCCCUACUCAAACAGUGGUACAUACAUCAGCAGAUCAAUAAUUUUAAUAUACCUAUGUCCUAUACUCUAUAUAAUUAUAGUUUGUAUAGUCGAGAAAAUUGACUACUUUUGAUACAUUUUGUACACGAAACACUCCCCCACCCCAAAAAAAACCUUUUUUAUAAUCAUUUGGUGUUAAAUCCACCAUUUGUAUUACGGUAAGAUACAUUUUAUCAAAAAUAGUUUUUGUUUGGAUUUAUAUUAUAGUAAUAUACAGAUUACAAUCCUGUUUUAUAAACGAUAAAUUAAUACGUAUUACGCCGAACAAUUCAUUUUCGCUGAGUUACCAACAAUUUUGUAUUAUAGUAUCCGAGUUCUCGUGUUCGGGUUGUUUGUUAAAUACAAUCUACUGGACAGUGUACCUAUAUAAAAAAUAAUAUUUUUAUUAUAAUAUAAUAUAAACGUCAUUGUAGAUGUCGUAGAUUGUAUUGCUUUUUCGCAAUGAAUAACGUAUAUUAUUGUGAGGUUGUAUCGCAGUCAUCAUUCAAUAAACAAAAGACUAGUACUGCUUUUGGGUGUGUAAUUGUUUUAGAAGACAAUUUGAUAGGGAGUAUAAAAGACUCCUUUCACUUAAAAAAAUCAAUUGUGACCAAACGGUAACCUAGGUACAUUUUGAAAUAUUUUGUUUCUUUCUAUUUCAAUAAAUAUUAACUUUUGAUAAAAAAAAAUCCUGAAAAUGAUUGAAAAUAUCACUUUUGACCUUCUGAAGAUCGUGAAAAAUCUCCAUCGUGAUUUUUAUAAUCAUACUGAGUCUCUUGAUAUCAAAUUGAAUAUCUAAGUUUCAAGUUAAUGUAGUUUACGAGAUUGCACGUUGCUAUCAAAACGGCCAAUUAUUUGUAUUGUAUAAUAAAAUCUAAUAUUUAUAUACAGUCAAAAUACACAUAGUAAAAUCAAUACAUUUCUCGCUUCACUUAUAAUUACCGUUCAUUACCACAAUUUUUUUUCGUGAUUUUGUGUUUCGUGAACAAAUACUGUCCGUAAUUAAAACAGAGACGGCCAAUACUUACUGUUAAUACAUAGAUAAACUAUAAUAUUUUGUUCACGUGAAAUUAAAUUAAAAAUUAUAAAAUUAAGAGUACUUAUUCCUAAUAACAUGCAGUGGUGGAUCUAGGAUAUUUUUAUGGGAGGUGCUAUUGUGCUAUCAUGUUCUGUAUAGUCCAUCCAGAUUGUAUGACCAUUUUUUAGUCCUAAAAAAUGAAUGUGCUUAAUAUUCAAAAAGAUAACUAUGAGUAAAAACUUGAAAAACACUCAUCUAAAACAAAUUCUUUUAUUUUAAAAAAAUAAUCUUCUCUGUAAUAAUAAUAAUAAUAAAUAAAAAAAUAAAAAUGUUUAAAUGAAAAAUGAAAAUUCUAUCACAUAUUCAUUUUAAUUGAUAAACAAAAAAAUCAGUAAAAAUUGUUUGGUCAUUUUGAUCAUUCUUCUUACUUUACCCCUCUCUUUUUUUUGCAAAAAUGCAGAAAUAACUUGGUUUAUAUUUAUAACUAUCAGUUUGUGUAUGUUUAACAUAGCCUCAUGUUUAACAUGAAUUCAGACACAAUGGGUCGUAAGUAAUUCUUAACCUUUUUAAAGCUGAGAAAGAUCUCUCCGCUGUGGUUGUAGAAACUAGUAAACUAAUAAAAAAAAUAUUUUGAUGUUAGGAAAAAGUUAACUGCAGUGUUCUAAUGCUUCAACUGUAAUUAUUUGCGGAUUAUUUUAAAUUUUACCUCUCUUAUUUUUUCACAAAUUUGGUUCUGCUUUCAAUUCUAUAUCCAAACCCUUAAUAUUUUCACAGAUUCAUAGAAACAUGCCAAGGCUUCAAAAAAUAUAUGUGUGUAUUGUGUAUACAUAUAACAUUGGCUUUAACAUACCAUGGGGGGUGAAUAGAGGAGGAUACAUCCAAGAGGAAAAUACAUCCUUUAGGUCCAUUAUUUAAGUAUAGAAUAUGUUAAAUGUUUUUAACGAAGUAAAAAAUAUAUUCGUUAAAAAAAAUUGUAGUACAAAAAUGUUCAUUAAAUGUAUUUAAAAAGAGAGCCUCCAGCUUAAUCUGCGGCAUUGUUUAAAUUUAUUUUAGUUUUUGUGUUAUAAUAAUAUUAUUACUUUCGACAACACUUUUAAUAAAAAUAUGGAAAGUAUUAUACUGUCUCCCACUCUCUGUCGUUUAUAUCCGGCUUAAAUACGGGUACCUGCCUAUAGAGGUUUUUUAUUAUUAUUUUUACAUCAUUGUUAUUUUACACGACUAAAUAUGCGAAAUGCAUAUUAUAUUAUUAUUAUAUACCUAAAUAAAAACCGUAAACAAAAUUUUGUAUUUAAAAUCCUACGUUUUUAAUUUUUUUUUUUUUUUUGUUUGUUUACUGUUAAUUUAAUUUCCAACGCAUUUUUUAUUUGAAUCAACAUGGAAAUAUUUUUUUUUUAAAUAUUACUUUUUGUCGAAUUUCUCUCGAAAAUAGAGACUAUUGCACUAUAUUGGGGUUUUGUUUUGCUUUUGUAUUUUUAUUUGCAAUAUACACUUCCCAGCUUUUCAUGAUAAUUAAUUAAGUAAAGAUAUAAUAAUAGUUGUGAUAUGAGAAAAAUACAUUUAAUAACUAUGAAACAUUCCGAACAUAAAAUAGACAUACGUUCUAGUGGUUUUUAUAAUUCGAAUUAUAAAUCAAAUUUCACUGUAAGAAAGGUUAAAGAAGUUCUAUUAUAAUUAAACGUACUUGAAAGGUAACUCACUCAAGAAACUUAGAAGUGUCAAUCUCAUCACUAGUAAGGCUUUACAUAAAUGUUAUAUCUAACUUCUGAUGUCUGUAAGACAACGGGCUUAAUUCUAAAAUAUUAGUGAACGGACUAUUAUCAUGUUAUUUAUGAAGGGUUUUUAAUAAAUAACAGCCAAACCCCAUGGUUUUGAACACGGUUAAUUUUCCAUAUAUUGGUAUUCCAUAAUACAUGGUAACCAUAGAAGUGUACCAAAUAUACACAAGAAUUUGCAAAUAACGUAGUCAAUGUAAAGGCUAAAUUAUAAAGAGGCAACAAGAAUAUUGCCUAAAUCGCUUAUUUGAGUGACACGAUUUAAGAGUUUACUAUAUGAUGGUCGAAAUAAGUUUAUGAGUAAGCUCUACUAAAUGUUAGGUUAGGUUAAGUUACAACGUCCCUACAGUUUAAGGUUAGGACUCAAUAGUAUUAGAUAUAUGAAGGUUUAGAAAUUGGCCAACUACAUACCACUACAUGUAAAAAUCAUUUUGAGUUCCUUGGGGCAGCGGUUUCCAACCUUUUUCUUUGUGCGGACACCAAUUUUAAAAACAAAACUUUGAGGCCCACUAAACUAAUAUAAAGGUAAACAAAUAAAACAAAUUGACACCUAUAUAUACCUAUGACCAAUAUAUAUGUGUCCCUAUAAUGUGCAUAUUACGAAUAUGCCAUUAAUUAAGAAAACAUACCGUAGAAGAUGAUUAAAAAUGUAACUGUUUAUAAAUAAAAAAAUUUAUUAUUGUUUUCGGUUUAUAAACAAGUGGUUAAAGUUAAACUAAAAUCAAUGCGAUUUUUGAUAUUGUUUUCUUCUUACGGGAGAAUCAAUAUCGGGAUUAAGUAUAUCGCAACUCCACGCCGAGUAUGAUGAAAUACGAUAAAAAUGACCAAAAUAUUCUAGAACACUAUAAAAAACACUAUAUAAGAAAACGACAAUCAGCAUACUUUUACGAUGCCAAUACUUGUGGGAAUAUAACUAAAUCUCGACCGAAACAGACGUUUAUAUUAUACUAUCUGACAACCCUGCGUUGACCGUUCGGCCAUUUCAAACGUAUAUGUAAUAAAAACGUUUUCUACCUGGAUUUUCUGUUUUAAUCCUCAUCAAAAUACUGUAGUUAACCGUUAUUGUCCUUAAAUAUUUAAAAAUACCUUUUCUUGAAUUUUCAUAUCAAACUUAUACGGAUUAGUUAUACGGUUGCUAAGCAAUGAAAAAUACUUGUAUACAACCCAAACUACUGCAGAUUAGGUCUACUACUUCUGCUGGUCAGAUCGGAGAUUCUAAUAGUUUAAAAUCUUCUCCAGAUAAUGCGGAUCAUUUUGCGAAAAUCCGCGUAAAAUUGAUCAGUAUUUUGAUCGUGCGUUUGUGAAUGAUUGUUCCUAGAUAAGNAAAAAUAACCAGGAAAAGAAAAACAACAACAACAAACAAAAAUUGUAACACGUUGAAAACGUAAUUUACUGUAGAUGUCGUAAAUUGUUCAAUAAUGACAUAGAUAAUGAAAACAGUAAACAUAGGAAAAUAUAAUUGGAAAGAAACCAUAGAUACCGUAGAGACAUUUUGACCAUAUAAAUUGCAACCCAGUACAACAUGUGUUUAUUUUCAUUUUAUCCGUGUUACUAAUGUUUACUGGUAUAUAAUUAACAUAUUUAUUUUAAUUAAUAACUAAUUAUUUAGGUAUUACUUUGUCGGACUAAAUGUAUGACUAAAACCUGCUCUGUGAUAUUCACUUUAAUUUAAAAAAAAAAAAACUAAAUGACGAUUGAAUAAGUAUUUUCGAAGCUAACCCGUAAUAAAGAUUUCCAUAUUCGCUUUUAUAUAUUAUGUAGAUAAUAUUAUAAAUUGUUUUAAAUUAUCUGACCCUUGGCUUAUGUUCUCUAUAGAAUGUUUCUAGACAUAUGGCGUUUUUCUUUUUAUUAGAUUCAGAGCGUAGUGAGGGACAUAUUGGGUUUAAUAAGUGUGUUUUUGCACUUUUUUGCAUUGGUUUUACAAUGGUUUUUCUUUUUUUCAUUUUUUUCUGUGAACAACCUUUUUUCAAACAUUUUACUAGGAUUUUUAAGUAUAGCGUCUUUUUAAAAUAUGAUUUUAUCUAAAUGAUGCAUUAAAGAGGUAUUUUGUUAGAUUUUCCGGGGAAUUUUCAAAAUUAAAAGGAAAAUCAGAAAGAAAAUUAUAGAUAAAACGGUUUUUUUGUAAAUAAAAUUGGUUGGCCGAGCAGAAAUUCAUGAUAAUUUUACACGAAAUUCAUCAUAAUUUGUACUGAAUGGACAAAAAGAAGUUAAGCUUAAGGUAGUCAUUUAUAUUCACACGCUUUUAGAUUUUUAAUUUUGAUGGAAAUCCUAAAAACUAUAGCGUUUCAAAAUGUGAACAAUCGAACUUAAUUCAAAAUCGUUAUCAAUAAGUUAUAAUUAUAUACAUUUAAAAAUUAAUUAACUCUAUGUAUUAUACCUGCUUAACUUCAUACCUAAAUAUACCUAUAUUACCUAUGGUCGGUACUCAUUAGUAGUAUUAGUUCUUAUUUUUUUCAUUUUUUAUUUUGUUUAAUAAUUUUUUUGGGAGGUUAAUUUGUAUUUUUAGACAAAUAAUUAUACAUUACUCGUGCGUAUUAAAUUUAAUAUAUGGGUCAUAUAAUCGUGUUCAUCUCGUAUGCUGAGAGAGACACAAGAGAUUAAAACAUUAUUAUUAGUGCAUGUAUAUUAUAUUUAAGUUGGUUUUUUUUAAAUUUUCGGAUUUGCUACGGAUUAAGAGUUACUAUUUUAAAAUAAAAAAAGGUCCCUAUUCAUGUAUGAGGAGAAAAAGGGAUGACAAUCAUUCUGGUGUCCGAUUAAAUGUGUUCUAUUUAUUAAUGUCAUAAAAAAAAAAAAACCCAUAAUAAUAAAAUGGAAAUUGUCUCUAAAUAAAAUACAACUCUAAAAAUACUAUAAUCGAAGAAGGGUUCUAUAAAAAGAAAUGUAUACCAAUUAUUUGUAAAUUGAAGGCAAACAAAAAAGAAAACUAGUCGAACAUUAUAAAUAUUAUCAAUGUAAUUAUCUAUUGUGUUUAGUACUUAAAAUAUAAAAAUAAAAAACAAACACGAAAUAAAGUUUUUAGAUGAAAAAAAGACACACAUAAUUCGCACCAUGGAUGGGCCACUGUUGUAGAUGAGUAGUUGGGACGGUAGGCUAUGGUAGGAGAAAAUUAAAAGAGACUUUUUAAACUUUAACCUUAAACUUUGAGGUAAUUAAUAUCCGAUUACGAUUUCCAUUGUUACUAAUGAGUAGGUUGGCCUGAAAAGACUGAUGGCUCUUUUUAGCUUUUUAAAAGUGUACAAAGACAAAAAAUCACAAUAAUAAAUUGAAGAAACAUCACUUUAUUAAGCUUAUAGAUUUUUCCCUGGUAAUUUCCCUUCAUCAUCAUCGAAUCAUCGUAAUAAUAACCAACCGCUAUAAAUAAGAAUCAAUGUGUGGAAUGCAAGUAGAUUUAUUAUAAGUGCGAAAAUUUGUAUGUAUGCAUGUUUGUUAUCACUCAGCUCCGUAACUGCUGAACGCAUUUUAAUCAUGAGUUCGGUGUACUUACUAUUACUUUAGGUUCUAGAAUACUUUUUCAUUUUGAAAAAAUAUACACUUUCUAUAGGGUAGUAACAAAAUUUAACUCUGCAAUUUAAUGCUGGAUGAAUUUUUCGAAUAUGUCCACAAUAGUUAUAUUCCGAUCUUGAUGAAACUUUACACACUUCAGAAUAAGAUAAAACCUUUUGUCUUAUUAUUACUCUUGCAGUAUACACAAUAUUAUUUCAUGGACGGCAACAAAACUUAAUACUAGAUAAAGAUCUUCAGUUAUUGAUGUUUUAACAUCAAACAACUUUACUCCAAAACUCGGUAGUUGGUUUUACUGACCGAGCGGCCAAGGGAAUGUUACUCCUUGUGUGCCGCAAUAUUCUAACACCAGUCCCCUUAUCCAAACUCUUGACAGUUUUAUAGUACAACUAGUGCUUCUAAUUGAGUAUAUAGGUAUCAAUUCGACCGGUAAGUACUGAAAAACACUAAGUGACCUCGAGAAACCGACAGUAACGUAUUAUUAUUUAAUUGGGUUGAAUCAAAUAAAGACAUUUUUUUUCAAAAGAAAAGAGAUUUUUGAAAGGAUUGAAUCCGAAAAAUAUAAGAAAAUAAUAUUCUACGUUCCAAAAUGGUUUUCAUUAACAGGAAAUUCAACCAUUCUAAUAAUUUGGUUGUUAAGAUUGUUUUGCGCGGGAAAAAAAAAUAAGUCCAACCAUAAGGUUAAUUAAGAAAUCAAAUUUUCACCUGACAACAUGCAAAACCAACGUGCCCCGUUGGUUUUAUUUUUUCGAUAGCACAUUCGACAAAUACACCACAAGUUAUUAUUUUGAAAACAUCUUAUAACUUAUUUUCUAAUAGUUGUAUCAAAAAACUAAAACUAAAAUUACAUCGGCUUUGGUAUCGAGUAUUGAGUAAAUAAAUUAUUGAUUUUCAGAACUAAAAAGAAAAACAAAUCAGGAAAGCCCACUCUAUAAAAGUACUAAGUUCCAGUUUUCUAAACGUAUUUCAAAUAAUUAACGAUAGUUCUGUAAACUAUAUAUUAUUAAAUACUACUAAUAUUAUUAUUUCAUAUUUUUUAUACAUCGCCUCCUACGAGAGUACCAUAAUCAUAACUACUGCGAUCUCGAAUGUUUCAUGUAGACUGUGUCGUAAAAAUUAUUAAUUUUCUUACAAAUCGUUGCCGUAGCCACUUCAGAAAACAAUAAAAUAAUUGAACGACAGACUUUAAGAAAAAUUACUACCGAAACGAAGUUAAUAUAAAAGGGGUUAAAAAAAUGUACGUACAACUAAAUAUUCAAGUUGUAUUUUUAUUGUUAUAAAAUAAACUGCACUUCAACCCUGUUGGCACUAAAUUAUUAUAACUCUUUUUUUUUUUUUAACAAUGGGAUGAAAAUCUUUGUGUGCGUUUAGAAAAGAUUUUUUUUGACUUUCCCACAUAAACUCUGUGAUGUUAUAUGAUAUUAGCAGUCAACCGUUACAACAAAAGGAUUAUAAUUUUUUUUUUCGAUGAGCUUUUUAAAAGUUUGAAAGAGUUAAUUAUCUAGUACCUACGGUAAUUUUUUUUUUUUAUAGAAAAACGUCAUUUCCAACAAAAAAUUAAUUUUGUUACAAAAAAAUAAUAGUAAAGGUCUCUCGGAAUAAAAUGAUUCGUUAUACGGAAUAUUGAUAUUUUGGAAACCCAUUUCGACAUGAUGAAACAGAUUAUUUGAACGAACGAUAGCACAACAAGUAAUAAAUGCUGAAAAUAUGACAGAACGUCUACGAGGUUAACAAAAAAAUAAUAUUAAUAAAUCAUAAAUCGUAAAAGAAAACAUACAAAAACCAUAUAGUACAUUAUAUUGUCAGGUUUGCAAUGGUUAUUUUUUAUGAAAAGAAAAAAUAAUUUGCAAUCCCUCAAAAUAAAAACGACAGAAAUGUGAGGAAAAAAUACAUUUUUUUAAAAUUAUUUUUAAUGUUAUUUUUCUGUGUUGUAAAAAUGCAAUUCGAUGAAAUCUCUGUCGAUAACGAUUCUUUAUUAUAAUGAACUGAAUCUUUCUUUAAUUUUAGUGUUAACGCGUAACAUUUUAUUUGAAUUUUUAGCGGCGUUUUUAUUUCAUUAUUUACCUAAACUAAUGAAAAAAAGAAUUAUCGUUACGCGCAAUUAUAAAUCAAACAACUCUAUUUUGCCUUCCUAACUUUAAAAAAUAUUUUUUUCUGAGAACUAGCUGAUAAUAAUUUCUUUUUAAUAUUAUGGAAUUGUAGUUUUAUAAUUAAAACACAUUGAAUAUUUGAACUCACGAAAAAAGUGUAGACUAAAAGGACUAUUAAAGAAAAUGUAAUCGAACCUAUGAAAGAUAAAUUGCUUGGCUAGUUAUCGCAAAAUUUGAAUAUUUUCUUAUUUGCCAAAAAUAGAAAAUUUUCUUUCAUAAAAGAUGUUACCUAUUCUUAAAAUUCAGAGCAAGAUUUCUAUUAGAAACAAAAUUCGAAAUAAAAUAAUGAAAUUAUUACCGUGAAAUUGCCCGUUUUUUUAAUUACAUUAUUAUAAUAUUCCCAAUUAUUAUGAAAACCGCUUGGAAAAACGAAAAUGACUUCUUUAAUGCACCUACUAGAUCCAAAAUACAACAAAACAGGUCUUUUCUAAUUUUUUUUUUUUUUAUUGAAUCAAAUAUUCCAGUAAAAAUGUUGUUUUUAGAGCAUUUAUAACUGAUCAAAAAAUGUUUACACUUCUUAUACUGAAGCAUCAAGUACUCUAAAUCUAAAAAAAGAUUCAGGAAAAAGUAUUAUUUUUUUUUUAAUGAACAAAAUACAAUAAUUUAUCAUUAUGUACAGAUAAACCUCCUCAACUUCCCACCUUUAACAGUGGUACAUCUAUCAGCAGUAUCAGCUCACUUAAAAAAAAAUUGAAUCGAUAAUGUUCGAAGAAUAAAAAUCUAUAUGAUCGUUAUAGCCCAUACAGCAUUCAAAUAACUGUAUUUUAUUUUUUCAAUGAUAAAUGUAAAAAAAAAAGAACUUAUUUCAGGAACUGGUGUGCCACUAUUGUAGGUGAGAAGUUCGGAUACAUAAAGUUAUUAAAUUUAUAUCUGUAAAAAACGAUAAACCAUUGCUAAUGAAAAACGAUUAUGAACAAUUUUCAGUUAUACAUGUUUUGAAAUGCUGAAAUAUUUACGAUUUUUGUCAAAAUUGAAUCUUAAAACGAUUAUAAAAUAAAUUACUCAAAUAAAGUUUAUGUUAUUUUUACCACUGUAAGUACAACUAUUAAUGAACCUCCUGUUAAACUUUUAGUAUUUCUAUUCAAUCCAAAAAUUGUAUCCACAGCGUACCUACCAAAUAAAAAUUACACAAAUAACUUGCAAAACUAAAAUGUCUAUAAUAGUUCAAAUAUUCUGAAAUUUGUAUCACGUCCAGAAAAAUUAAAUACAAGUUUCUACGAAUGCGUUUUAACUAAAUUACAACAAAAGAAUAAAAUUGAUAACAAUAAAAGCGCUAUUUUCGUAAAUUUCCUCGUUCUAUCUAAGUUUUUUCGAUUUUACUCAACCGUUAAAAAAACUACGAGAAAAAUCAAAAAAUAACUUCCUUAUUGACCAAGAAAAUUAAAAAUGCAACAAAAAAGUCUUUUUUCGUUUUUCUAUUAGCGGAAUAUUUUUGGUGACAAACGUAUUUUGCAAAACUAAAAACAAUAAAGUCAGUAACGUCGCGGCGCAACAUAAAUAUUUACCGUUUUUCCGAUAAUUUUUUUCCCGUUUUUUCCAACAAUUAUGAACACCUCUUGGAAAAUCAAAAAUUGUCCUCCUUAAUGAUCCAACUAAAAUGUCCAUUCAAAAAAGAUAAUAUACAAUAUAUCGGAACAAGAUUUUUGGUAAAAAAAAUUAUUCACAGGCACAAAAAAAUAAAAAAUAAAACACAUCUCAUAGUAAAACCAAUACAUUCUCGUUCCGCUUAGGAUUUAAAAAAAAUAGUUUAUAAAAAAACACUACAAAUUCAUUCAAAUUAAAAUAACUAAUUGGACGGUUAAAACGGCGGCGCAUGCAAAUAAACUCGAAUAAAUUUCACUGUUUAUUGUUUCGAAACGAAAUAUCUACUGAGCUUUGAAAGUGUUAAUGUAAUAAUGUUUAAAUGAACACUUCAGCUGAUGUAAAUUUAUUGUACAAAACGAAAUAUCGUUUUACUGCUCAAACAUUUUAAAUAUUUAUUAUAAUUUUAGGAAUGUUUUUUGCUCGCGAUAAUAACUAUAAUAUAAUAACGAAAUUGAUUAAUGCAAACUGUUUGACUACAAAAUCAUUACCAUUUGUAAUAUUGUUAAAGGUUAAGUUUGUCUUUCUGUUAAAACGACUUUUGUCACGAGUAUAAUUAUUUAUUUAUUCACUACUUCACUGCCGUUUCCAUUCCAGAAUAAAAACAUUUGUUCGUUUCGUGUUGUACAUACUCAUUUUACCGGUUAAAAUAAUUAUUUGGAAUGUUCAUUUCGGACGUAAGUUAGUAGACACUAGGCAGACACUGUAGACAAUAAUCAUUUCGAUUUUUUCAUAUUAUUACAAUAUAAUAAGUGUAUUUUUGAUUCGCAUUAUCGAAACAGCAAUUUAAUUUUUCGUCAAAUUCGUUUACAACAAUUACGUUGGGAUGACAAUUGUAUUACAUAAUAUUUGUCGAAAAAUGAAAUGCGAACAAAAUACAAUGCGUGUUAUUUUAUCGAAAUAAAAGUAUACACAUAUACUAUAUGAAUAAUACAAAUAAACAUCUAUAUACUCAGGAAGAUGAAGAAAUGUAAACACGGAGAAGUGAUUUUCACUUGCACUCGUAUAUUACAUUAUAAUUUUGUCUCUUUUCUUCACUAAAAGUCGUCUGCUUUGUCGUUAAAAGUCUGGACCUCCAAUCUUUUCGGAAAAAAUCUUAUAAAUAAAUUCAAUUCUCUUCGUAUUAAAUCAAGCAAUCAGCUUGUCUCGUGAUUUCGUUAAAUGCCUCCUUGGCUCUUUGGGCUCUUCUUUUAUCUCUGUUAACUCGUCCUUCAUAUAAUAAUAAUAAUGAUAUAUAUAUUUUUUUUUAUAAACCGUAAAUACUCCAUUUACAAAUAAUAAUAGUAUGUAUAAACAUAAAAGUUAAAAAUAAUAUUUUAAAUCAUGAUAUUUUUGUUUCAUUUUUUUAUGAUUUUUUUCAUAUCAAUAUUACCACAGUUGAAAAAAAUCAAUAUAACCCAUAUAAUCUGCCACCAUUAAAAUGUGUCAUUAAAUAUUAUGUCGGCCGAAAUUGAAUUGUAAUUUAGCAGGUGACCAAAAAUUUUCCUGUUCCUUUCCCUUAUAGAACUGCCGAAUAAAAACUUUUUGUUCACUUUUUGUUUCUCAUUCAAUACAUAGAAAGUGGGAAUAAUUAUAAUAUCGGUUCAUAUUCACGAAAUAUUAUGAUGUAGGUACUUACUGCUACAAUAUUGUCUACGUUAACAUAAUACAAAAAAUAAUAUUGUAUGGUAUUUUUUUUUAUUUUUUUUUUUUUUGUGCAAAAUUUUGAAUGCAAUCGUUUAUUAGCGGAAAUAACGCAUUUUACAGGAAGUCAUUUGACUGACGGGUAAAAAAAAUCACCCGUUACAGAGGAAAUUGGUUAUCUACGUAUACACUAUAUAAUGUUUGAGCAAAAAUAUUUAUGUGUUUAUUUUCAUAUUCACGUUUUAUAUACACAAUUAAAAAUAAUAACGAUAAAUAAAUAUUGUAUUUAAAAAUUUUGACGGGUCCGAUAAUUUUUAAAUAUUAUGUAGUGUAGUGUAAUUAAAAAAUAUAUUUUAAAUAUACCAUCUGACUUGUCAUAGAACAGUGGCGGUCAAUGAUUUUGUCAUGGGGGAUGAAGGGGGAGGGGUAAUUUUUAAAAACUGUUAUUAUUCAAACAAUCUUUUUUUUAUAACUAUACAAAUAUAAUAUAAUAUACAGGGUGACUGUUUAAGCACGCUCAAUCCAUUUUUAUAUUAAAAUUAUGCAUGAGUUCAAAUUCUGUUUUUUGUAAUUUUUGAAGUGCAGUGAACGACGAUAUUUUUAUUAAGAUACUUAGAUUUUUGACAACAUUAAAUGUUGUGGAGUAAUUUUAAGAAGCAUAUUUCUUCUACCUUGUACUUGAGCACAAAAAUAUAUGGACUGAAGAAACUUAAAUCGACUACGGACAAAAAUGUGGCAAUUUAAAGACAACCUGAAAAUGUAGGGUUACAUCCUAAACUCAUCAGAUCUAUGUGACUAUGGUCAUGAACGAACAAUGGACCUAUGUUGAUUAUUUAAAAAAUCUUUGGGUAUUCUGUCGUUAAUGUCAGAGUUAAUCUCCGAUUAAUUUUUCAAGAAAAAAUGUGUUUAAGAAUGCAUUUAUGAUCUAAAAUUUAUUAUUUCUACACUAGAUUUCGAGCAAACUUUAUUAUUAGUUAUCAUUUUUAAACCAUACAUAAAUCGUUAAAUGUAGAAAUCGCAGUUUAAACAUUUUUCAAGAAUGACAAAAAUACUUAAUAUCUCUGAAAAAAAAUAAAAAAACAAAUUUCAUAGUCAUAACUUAUGUUAUAUAGUGUUAGAUAUCAUUUAUAAGUUUGUCCAUUAAUGUUAUGAAAUAUAAUGAAACUCUAGAUGCUUAAAUAGUUGUUUUUAUCUUUCUUGAAAAAUUGCAAAAUUUGUCCGCUUUUUUUUACUUAGCGGUUCACGUAGUAUCAAAUAUGGAAGGGCAAAUUGUGUUUAAAACCAACCAUGUCCUUUGUUUUUAUUAUUAUUAUUAUUAUCCGAAAAAAGUCAAAAUCAUUUAUGUUCUUCCUAUAGAUUAGAAUUGAUUAUUAUAGUUAUUAUUUCGUCUUUGUAUGUAACCACAAUUAGUGACAGCGGCGGUUUUCUCGGGAGGCAAUGCCUGCCUUGCAAAAAAAAAAUAAAAAUAUUAUUUAAUAUUAUUAUAAAUUAUAAAAUAUUGUUUGUUUGUUUUUUUUUUUAAAUUAUAAACACUUAUUCAUAAUAAUGGAAAACGAAUAAAAUGUAAUUUUUAAUUUUCGUAUAGAAUGGACUAUAUAGAAUGUAUCGUGCCCACUGCCCGAUCUCGGUCUUUCAACGAUACCAUGCGGUGUCCAUACGUAAGAGACUGUCCCUGCGAUAGACGCAAAAUGCGAACAUAUUAAAACUAUUUAUAAUUGUAUACUGUAUAUUAUAUAGUUGCCCUUUCGUACGUACGUAUCGACGGCGGCUUCCUAGGAGGCAAUCGCCGUUAUGUGUUUUUAAUAAGUAAUAAAACUGUUACCAGCAAUAAAAAUGCCUUAAUUAAACGUUUGUCGGUUAAGUAAAACUCCAAUUUAUUCACGCAAUACCUCAAAAGACGCGGAAUUUCUACCCAGUGGUACUUGUUUAUUUGGAACAUCUACCGAAAUAUUUUUCUUUUAUUCACCCAUAGGUUCAAUUUUUGCGAAUUCGUAGGUUACUGCACGGGAAAAUACAACUAAUACUAAUUGGCAAAUUUAGAGCAUUCACAUACGCGUUGGGGAUAAAAAUAAUUUCCAACAUUUUGUGUAAUUUAUAGCUUUCAAUUAAUGAAAUACGCAUGGUAAACACUGCAAUUAUUAAAACGUUUAUAUGACGUUAUGACGAACCUUAUAAUGGCUUGAAAUUAAUUAAAAUUGUUUAGCUGAAUUUCUAAUAUAUAUUUCAUUUAUAUAUUUUUCAAUUAAUUAAUUUUUUCUAAUAAAAAACGUCUGUGUUUUUUAAAAAUAAUGAAAUCGUGAAAUUCUACGUUUCCCUACGUUUUUUCCCACUUAAGUGCUUUUAUUUGAAAGUUUACAAGCAAAAAACGCGUCUACAGACUAGAACAACGAAAAAAAAAAGAUGAAAUAAACAGCAUUAUAAAACCAAUAGCUCCCUCGCUACGCUCGGAAUCUAAAAAAUUAAACGUUGCUGCGUAUAAGAUAAUUUACUUUGUACGUGUAUGUUGAACGUUGAUAACUCAUAAUGUUUAUCUGUUGUAUAUAAAAAGCUUUUUUAAUAAAAAAAUAUAAAAAUAUACAUAUCGUCAAUAUUUGCAUAGUGUUAUUUAAUAGUGUUUACAUAUCAUUUGUUUUUUACAUCAGUUUUUUUAUUGUUAUUUUAAUAAUAUGCAAAGAUGCACGUAAUAUUAAUUCAGUUUUUAAUAUUUAAACGGUAAAAAAUCACUUGUAAGUUAAACUUUUAAGCUAUAUUUUUUUAUGAAAUGUUUUAUCACCGAUAUGGCGUUUUUAAAGGUUUUUUUCUUUAAAAUAAAUUUAAAAAAAAAAACCAAAAAAUAGUCCACAGUUCUAUUCGAAACACGAUAAUAAAACGGGAAAAACAAUCAUUCCAUAAUAUGUCGAUUUUGGAAUGGUGCAUAUGGAAAGGGGAGUGACAUUAAAACUAUUAUACACAAGGUAAAUACACAAUAAUCUUACAUUAUACUUUAUUUGUUACUUAUUAUGUUACUAAAAAGUAUUUUUAUUUUUAUUUUUGUGUUUGAUAACACUUUUCUAGCAAUAUUAAAUUUCUGUAUACGUAAACAGCAAAUGUAUAUAGCAAAUACCUACACACAUUAAUUGAUGAGAAGGACGAUCGCCAUUUACUCCCAUGGCCUCUCCCUUCAAAUACGCCACUGUUUUUGAAUAUAAUAUUAUAAUAUAUUGUUCAGGAAAACGGUUUCAUUUUUUCGACGUUUUGGUUUUGUUCCGAAGUAUUUAGAAAACAUUAAAUACGAUUAAUAUUAUACUCAUAGAUAUAUACGAGUUAUUAUAAUAAUUAUUUAUCUUAUAUCAAAUAACUAUUGAUUUUCCAGUCACGAACAAAACACGGCCUACUGAACGAAAACGACGAGAAAAAUAAAUAAGCAAACUUAAAAAACCUCGUAUAUUUAAAUUGUAUUUUUUUUUUUUUUUUUGAACGGCAAGAUUUUCAUUAUUUUGCGGUUUUUUUUUAAAUUCAUUUGGAUUUAAACUCGCGAUGUACUGCAGUAGGUAAAAUCUCACGCAGCGGGGAACAGCGGGUUUCUAUAAAUAUUAUAAUAUAAUUUUUGAUUAAUUCGAAAAAUGUGCAGCCGUUAUAUGUAUCAUUAUAACUAGUUAAUUAAAAAAUAAUAAUAAUAAUAACACCGCUCACAUCCAUUAUAUAAUCUGUACGAAACUAGAAAGGUCAAUAUCACCUACGUUUUUCUAUCAAUUUUAAAUUCUCAGUGUUGGGGGAAAUGUAUUGGUUUUACUGCGAUAUGUGUUUUUGUAAUUUUUGUGUCUAUAAACAAAUUUUCUACGAAAAGAAACCUUUUUUGUUGCAUUUUAAAUCUAUUUGAUGCGUUGAGUAGGCCAUUCUUAUGAUUUUUCUUACAGUUUUCACAAUAAUUAAGAAAAAUGGGAAAAUGCACAGUUUAGUUAUUUCCGAUGUUAUAUUCUUAUCGUAAUUUGAUCAAAAAUAAUCGUAAAUUCAUAAAGAUCUUAUAUUAGUCUUUUUUUGACAUGUUAAAAUAUUCAAAGCAUUCCAGUGAACAGACACAAAUUAAAUAACUUUCUGUAUUUUACCUUGCCAACUUCACACCUAUAAUAAUGACACAGUCAUCAGCGGUAUCAGCUAUUUUUUCUUAAAAUUUUAACGCUCCGCUAUAUUAUAAUACGAAUCAGUUUCGUAUUAUCUUAAUAAUACUCUUUGAAAAUGUUUAUAGAAAUUAAAUAUAUAUAUACAACCGCGACAGGCAUAUGUAUAGGAAGUUAGUUAAUAGUUAAGUAAGUACCUUUACACCCACAUACCUAUUUAAAGUUUACGGUACCGCGGAUGAACGAAAUCCCUGGAGGUUUAAAAUUAUUUCUCCUUUUCUUGCGUUUCGUAGAUAACUAGUAUCGGUCGUCUGAAGUUAAUAACAAUCCUUAAUAAUAAAUUUUUUAUAAAAUUACUAAUCAUAAAUUACAUAAUAUAAUUAAAUUUUGUACCGAUUAAUACCGGUAUAAAACCAAAAUUGAAACUUAAAUAAUUACGAAAUUAAAGUAAAUUGUCGUGGGUUUUGGUUAUAGAAUACAAGAUCAAAAUCCAAUGCACCCUAAAGGAAGUUGUCCUCUUUCCAAAAAAAAAAAAUACAUGACAAUCGGAAGUCUCUACGAGGCAGGAAAAUGAACCCUAUAAAUCACAUUUGAAUAAAAAAAAAAAAAAAACAGUCGUUAGUACGCACUUUUAUACAAAACUGAAAACCGAUUAAUUUUUUUUUUAAAGAAUUGUCAAAACUUUUUAAUUAUAAAUGCUAAAAAUUGAUUAUUAUUUAUAGUUAAUAAUUAUUAAUAGUUUGUAAAAGCCACAAGCAGGACCCUUUAAUCGAAUUUAAACGUAUAGGUAUAUUUAACAAAAUCGGAAACCCGCUGUAAGAAAUGGCAAUUUUCUGUUGUUUCUCGGAGUUCUAUUUUAGUUAAAUUUUUUCUUUAUUGAUUCUUCUUUAUUCUUUGGAGAAUUAAUUAUAAUUAUUGAAAAACUACGAAAAAUUCAAGAGUAUGGAUUAUAAAAUAUACUGCACGUUUCGUGUUCUAUUAUAAUGUCUUAACCCAAAAAUUUUUUAAUGAACUCUUACUAGGUAAUAUUUUAUAAUGAAAUUGAGGGAUCUGCAAAUUGGAUUCCCUCUACACCCCGGUUUCAAACAAAAUUUGAAUUUAUCAAUCUUAUUAUAUACAUUUUCUUGUACAGUGUAAUAUGUAAUUUAGUUUUGAAUUUUUGGUUAAUUACAAUUAAUAACAUUUAUUUGACCCUUUUAGAUUUUAUAAGUAUUAUCAUUUUCGAAUUUAUUCGUGUACAAAUACAUUAAAUAAUCUACAUUUGUAUGCGAAGAUAAAUAGUUGUUAACAAACAACAACUUUGAGGAGUGAAGGUUGGAUAACAUGGUUUAAAUUAAUUACUAAAUAAGUAAAUUAAUUACUUUAAUUAUUUCGGACGAUUUUAAAUUUAUUUUUAAAAAACAUUAUAAAGAAUUCAAAGUUUGGUUGAUAAAUAAAGUUUUACGAACAAGCGAUGUUUAAUAUAAAAAAAAAAGUUAAUACUACUGAUGAGUGUGUCACUGUUUUGAGAGGAAAAUUAACUUUAGCUUUCCUAACCUUUUCCUAUUUAUUAAGAAAACCCAAGGAAAAUAUAAUAAUAACAUUCCCAAUGCAUCAACAACAUCGAAAAUUCUACUAAAUAAUUCCUGUACAGUUUUUAAUUAGAGCACGAUUUCUAGUAGAAAUAUCGAUGAUUUACAGACAAUAAAAAAAAAAAAAUCAUAGUAAAACAAAUGUAGAAUCUAAAAAAUAUUUACAUUGUUUUUAAAUAUUUUUAAAUUCUGAGCGGAGCAAGGAAUGUAUUGGAUUUACAAUGAUGUUUAUUGUUUAUGCAAGCAACUUUUCUACUAGAAAUUUCACUCCGAUUUGCCAAGUGUAGCACAUUUUCUAAAAUGAAACCUGUACAAAGUGGUAUCUACUUUAAGAAGGUUAUUAUUUUGAUUUCCUCAGGGCUUUUCAUAAUAAAUGGGGAAAAUUGGGAAAAAACAUAGGGAAAACGGUAAAAUUUAUAGAAAAUAUUAAUUCAAAAUCGUAAAUAUUUCGAUCUUUCAACUUACUCCGCUCAGAAUCGUUUUUGGUUAGCGAUAAUUAAUCGUUGUAUAUAAAUAUACAUUCAAUUUUCCCUCUACCUUCUCAACUUCACACCUACAACAGUGGCUCACUCAUCAUGGGAAAUACAUCCAGUUUAUUAUUUUAUUUUGCCAGAGGAAUAUAUUAAUUUAAAAAAACUAAGGGAGCUUGAGAAACUCACGCGUAUCUAUUUCGUAAUAACUACCGACUACCUACCUAUAUAUUAUCAUUCGUAGAUAUUUAAUGGUGGUUAAUAUAUUAUAAUAUAAGCCAAGGUGUAUGCAUUUCAGAUGAUUUAUAAACAUUAAACCAUAAUUGCAGCAGCAUUAUUGGUGAUAAAUAAUUACUUAUUAUAAUCCGUUAAGUAUUCAUAUUGAUCAUCGCGAUAUUAAACAUUGCAUGUGAUGCUCUAGUACACAUAAAACAAUUGUAUGUAGGUAUAGUAGUAAUAGAGAACGCAAAAAAAAAAGACAAAAAAAAUAACAACUUCGGAACUUGUUCAUCCAGCAGACAACAGUACUAGAGAAAGCGCAAAACCAAAAACCAGGCGAGCAUGUAAUCGAAACUCGUACAACGCCUUUCCUCGGGACGAAAUGUUUUUAAUGAUUGCGAUUGAAACAAUAAUAAUUUCGAGUUCAAACACUGUGUAUUAUAAAACUGAUAAUAUGAUCGCAGUUGAAUUUAAAUGCACCUAUAAAACUAGACAUUCUCCCUCCCCCCCCCCUUUAGUUGGAAUGUACCUACAAAACUUUCGAUUUUAUUAAACGCGUACCAUUUUAAUACAUUGGGUACUUAUAUGGUUGGCUGUCGACUGCCGAGAAAUAUACGAUGAAACAUGCCGAAGAUUUUUCUUGAAAAGCGAAAGAAAAAAUUAAUACCAUCAGAGACACAUAAUAUGUAACCGACUAAUACUCGCUCGUUGAACUCGCUACGUGUUAUACUCGUAUGCCAUUAUUGCUUUAAGUUUGUAAGCCCUUGACUGUGUUUUACGUCUCACAAGGAUUUUAAGUACGUUCAUGGAAAAAAUAAAUAAAAAAACAGCACACAACAGCGAAUCACCGAGUAGGCCUGUGUUCGCAGUAACUAUAAUUUUUUUCCUGUCGGAAUACAUUUGGAUAAUAUAAAAGGUACGUUUAUGAUUUAUAGCGAUUUACGAUAAUGCAUAGAAAACAAUAAUAUUUAUUUAUGACGUAUUUCGUGUUGCAAGUUUUCUUCGAUCUCUUUCUUCAGAAAAAAAAAAAUAAUAAUAAUACUCAACAAUAUUAGUGAAUAUAGUUAUUUCCCUCGGGUAUUUACUAUUUAUUUUCACAAUAUAAUAUCAUCUAUACUUUGUGUGCGAUUUAAAAGUAGUUUUCUUUUUCUUUUUACCCACAUCUUCUAAGCUAUAAGGUUUCACAUAUUUUAUUUUUUUUUUUUUUUUUUUUGUAACUCAUGAAUUCUGAACGAGUGAAAGUUUUGAUAAAUAAAAAAAAAAAUUAAAAACUGUUAACAUAAUAAUAUUAUUGUAAUACUCAAAAAAGACCAUUAUUAUUAUUUUGUUAUUUCUAUACUUAAAACUUUUCUUUUUUCGGGGGGUGUUUGGCUUUAAGACUAUCCCGCACAACAAAUUCUCUAUCUCUCUCUGUCCUUAGCUAACCUCCCUCCAGUUGGUUUUUAUGUCUACUGCUGUCAUGUUUCUAUUCACACAAUCUCUUCAUAUAAAGCGAGUCUUUUUUACCCAACGGUCUUUUUCUUAACGGAUCUUCCUUAAUUACUGCUUUUAUCAAUGCACCAUUUUUCCUCUAGGUAUCCGGCCCACGUACCCUUCUUUUUGUGGCUUCCCUUUAUAUACAUAGUCUUUGAAACAUGCAUUGAAGCUCUUCGUUGUUCCGUAUUUUCUAUUAACCGGUUCUAAGGUCAAAAAAAGAGCAAUAGAUUAAGUUUCAGUACUAUUCUUUCAGAAAUAUCUAAUCUUAUUUUUUUUGUAUUUUUUAAUGGCCAUGUUUCCGAGCCAUAUAAAGUGAUGAGAUGAAUUAAUGCUAUAUCAAUUUGAAUGCAUAAACAUUUAAAUACAGUGACUAAUAAUACUCUGCUUUUUUAAUCAUUUUCUAUCAGUAAUAGUUUAUUGUACGUGUAUUGCGUCCUUUUUAGUUUAAUUUUUUUUAAACUAUUUAAUGCAAUUACGAUAACAUUACAAUACCAUAUUAUAAAUACAUGGUAUCCCACGAACAUAUUAACCCAUUAAACAAUGAUAACAAUGGUAACCCAUUAAAAUAUCUUCGGAGAUAAUAUAAAAUAUCAAACUCUGAUUUUUAUAUUAUUCAUAAGGAUAAGGACUAGAAAUAUUGAUAUUUCAAUUAGUUUUAUGUGUAUUAGUAAACAAAUUAAGUAUAAAAAAUAACUUAUUAUUUUAUUAUUUUUGAAAAAUUUGAUUAUAGCCAUUUCAUAGAGAUUAUUUUUCUGAAAAUUUGAACGUAUCAAUUUUGUAUUUUCAUUAAAUUAGUGAUUUUUAAUCAUUAUUUAAAGUUCCGAGAGAAAAGUGUAUAGUCAAUUAGCUAUGAUAAUAACAACUAAUUAGUGAAUGCAAUCAUAGCCUGCUACAUAAUUACAGGUACUUCUCUGAACUUCAAUCAUGAAUUUAAUAAACAUACAAAGUUGAUACGUUUAAAUGUUCAGAAGUAUAAAUUCUAUAAAAUGGCUAUCUUCAAAUUUUUCAAAAAAAAUAAAAUAAAAAGUUAUUUUUUAUUAUUUUUAUAAAAACACAAAAAAGUAAUUUGAAUUUAAAUAUUUGUAUUCCUUAUCCCUGCAAGUAAUAUAAAAAAUAACUUAAAAAAAGUAAUAUAAAAAAAAGAUUGAUUAUCUUUGUUAUCUCAGAAGAUAUUGUAAUGGUUAUAUCUUCGUGAUGACACUCUGUAUAGUUAGGUACGUAAUAAAAUCACAAUAGAAAACAAGUGUUCGCUUAUUUCAAUAUUUUAAUUCGAAAAGAUUACUGCGAACUUAAUUGAGAAAAUAAUGAUGUUACUAUACGUAUGCGUGCGGGUAAAUACCCGCAAUCAAAAUUUUAAACCCCAUUGAAGCUAUUAUGUGAAAAAAAAAAAUCGGUCAACAGUAUUUACCUCAGAUUGCAUAAAUUAUGGAUAUUAAAAAAAAAAAAACUUUUCUGAUUUAAAAUCUUCAACUGCAGUAUUACCCGUCAUCAAUCUGUAUUAAAAACUGACAAAAUAUCCAACGAUAUGCUUUCUCAGAAAAAUAAAUUGGACGUUUCACGUAGUAGGUAUAACGUAGAUUGACAAAUGAUAACGAAAAAAUAUAUAUUUUGUAAUAAUUUUUUGUUUUUACCUCCGUAAAUGUAAGAAUGUUACUUAUAAAAAUUAUAAUAACUUUUUAUCUAGAAAACAAUUGAAUUAAAUUCUGUAGACAUAAAAUAGAUUAUCGUUUUUCACAACGUAAUGAUACUUCGAUACUAAUAAAAAUGUAUCUUGUACAAUUUCAAUCAAGUAUUAAAUUACAAGUAAAAACAACAAAUUUAUAUAAUUUAUACAUGCAAAUAUAAUAACUUUAUUAAGUUUAUGUGAAAAGGUCAAGCAUGCAUAUUAAUAAUAAUGACUUCGAGACAUCUUCAACGAAAAUUAAAACAUUGCAUUUAUACAUAUAUUUUAUUUUAAACUUUAUAAGUUCCAUUCGACUGAGAAGAUAAUACGUAUAAUAUAUUAUAUAAUUUUUUAUACGAUUACCGACUAAGAGCUCCCGUAGGGGGGGGUGCUGAUGGAGGCCAUGGCAUUUCCGCCAUUUUAGUUAAUAUGAAAUAUUAAUUGAUUUAUUACUUGAAUGGCUUAGAUGUUUAAAAAAUGAAUAUUUGUAAGUUGUAAAAAAGUCUUAUACUUUUGAUUCCCCCCCCCCUCAGUUUAUAUUUUUGCGAGGGCCCGACAAUAUAAUGUAAAAAACACAUUCAACGCGCUAUUACGUCACAUUAAAACUUGGAUACGAUAAAUGAGAAUUGUCUAUUUGCAGACAUAAAAUAUAUGACAUGAUUUUACAUGUAAAAUAAAGACAAGCAGCUUAAUUUAGCAAAAAAAGAAAGUUCUAGACGCCCGCCAUUCGGUAUAGACAAGAGAAAACGAUUGAAAUGUAUGUUUAAAAUAUUGUUGUAAUAAUUUUUCAGUCAGUAAGUGCAAAACUGAUGGUAUUUUGAUGGCAUUUAUGUAUUAUUUUUAUUUAUUUUCAUUUUUCAAUUUACAAAAAAUAAAAAAAACGAAAUGAAAUGAAUAUUUGUUUAAUUGAAGUUGCCCAUCACUAACUUUAUUAUGUAUACGAAUUAAAUUAGCUGGAUUGAAUUAAGAACCGACAAUAGCGUACUUAAUUGAACAGGUGAAUCACAAAAAAUAUUAAGAUCAAUCAAAGAAAAGUGAUGGAGAUUAAUUAGACGCACUAUGAGACACGACGAUGAGCUACACCAUAAAAUAAUUGAAGGAAUAAUCGAAGGUAAGCGAGACUGAGGACACUCACGAACAAUGGUCAUCAAAAACUCAUUUCUGAUGCCGAACUAAUUAGACAUAUGUACUUUAAGAAACUGGUCAGUAAUGGAGAAGAUAGGAAAAAAUAUGGAUGAACACCAAUAUUUAUACCAAUAAGCUGAUUUAAAAUUAACAUUCAACUUCUAGGGUAAUUUUACCUUAGCACCACCAUGUAAAAAUUAUUACAUCAAGAUCGACUAGUAUUAUGUAAUUUAAUAUAUAAUUAUAUGAAACCGCGAAAAAAAUUGUGUAACCGCCCUAGAUUCCGCAAAAAUAUGUUUUUACUAGUGGUACCAGGGUAUCUUUGCCCUAGCACCACCACAUACGAACAAUAAACAUUUCGACCUCAAAACCGACUGUAGGUAUUAUGUAACGAUUUGUAGUGACAAAAAUAAAUUUUGAAACCUCCUUAGAACACUAGAAAAUAGGUUUUUUACUAUUGGUAGCAGAAUAACGUACCCUGGCACGACCACUUAUAAAUAAUGAAAAUUUUAACAAUGUGUAAUCGUGAUAAAAUCUCAUUGUUGAAUUUCAAUAUUCUUGACUUCUGGGUUCGGGUUUUGUGUUGUACGUCAUUCAGUCAGUCAGUCGGUCUCUACUAUUAUGCUGUUUAUAAAUUGUAACGAUUUUUGUGCUGUUAUUUUACAUCAUGUAUUAUUUCGGUAUUUUCGUAUUAUUUAAUUGAAAAUGUAUUAAUUUACAAUUUGUGAAUUACCUAUUAUUAAACACAAUCUGUGAUGCCAGGAUAUUUAGUAAAUAUACACAAUAAUUUUCUCAUCAAUUUUUUGGUUUACAACUCCGUCAUUUUUCCGACUAUUUUAGAUACUGAGUGGAGCGAAGAAUAUAUUGGUUUUACUAAGAUGUUUAUUUUUUUUUAUAUUGUGUACGAAAAUUCGACUAGAAAUCAUGCUCCGAUAUAUACGCGCAGAUCAAUUUCUGAAUGAAAAUAUUGUCCAGAUGGUACAUAUGGGAGGUCAUUUUUUGAUUUUCUAAGCGAUUUUUAUAAUAUCUGGGAAUAACUAAGGUAAAAUAUAAGAAAACCGAGAAAUUUACAAAAUUAAUGCUUUUAUAAUUUUAUCAAUUUUGUUAUUUGUUGCGAUUCAGUUAAAAAUAUUCGUAAAAACUUAAAAUUCGAACAGACAUUUUAUAUUUACUGUUUCUAAACAUUUAGAUCAUUUUUGUGAUUUUCUAAUCAAUUUUCAUAAUAACUAUGAAAAACCUGGAUAAAAUGUCGGAAAAACAGAAAAUGUACGAAAUAUAGGUAUUAGUAAAAAAAUAUUAUGACCUUUUUUUUCUGUGUAAACAUUUUCUACCAGCAAUAUUGCUUCGAUUUACAAUAAUAAUACAUUUUCUGAAAGUAAAUCUGACUUGGAAGGUACUUUACGGAGGUUAUUCUUCGAUUUUUCCAAAAGUUUUCUUAGAAAAUCUGAUAAUCCAUGAAAAAACAUGGGAACACCGGGAAAAACGCAAGAAAAACGGAAAAAUUGAUACAAUAUUAAACAAAUAUUAAAGAGAAUAUAUAAUGCCUAUUUAAUUAUUUUACUAUAAUAUGACAUAUAUAUAUAUAUUGUUGACAAAUCAUCACUAUCAACUGAACUAAGCUCAGAAUUGUUUUUAUGUUAGCAAUGGUUUAUCAUUACUUACAGAUAUACAUUAAAUUGCCUAUAGGUAACAAUGGCUGCACCCGUCUCCAUUAUCCUAGAACAUCUUAUUUUUUUACUUUUGAACUGAUAACUGGGGUUGGCACUGACUUCAGUCAUUUUUCCCUUCAGUCACCAUUAUUUAUUCGUAUUCACAACAAAAGCUCAGAAAUACAUUUAAAUGGGAGAGAUAUAUUCUUAAGAGGCUCUCCCUCUCAAAUGUUUGCCUUUGGCAUACAACAAAGAAGACUUGGCUAAUAAUUAUUGUCCAAUUUGUGGCUGCCCUGGCCGUCUUUUCUCUUGACCUUCUCUUUUAGACAGCGUCAAGUGAACACACAGAAGUCAAGAAUAUUGAAUUUCAGUGCUGAGAGUUUAACACGAUUACACAUUGUUACAAUUUCCAUUUUUUAUAAGUGGUAACCCUAUCACAAAUAAUACAAAAUUCGAUUUUCUGUCGUUUUUUGGUGGCUAUCAAAUUUGUUUACGGUUACAUAUUGUUACAUAAUUUAUAAUAUAAUACCAAUUUAUUUUGAUAUCAAAACUUUAACAUGAUGGUAACGUACCGAACUUUCAGUAUUCAAAUUGCUAUUUUGAAAAAUUAUGUAACUUUGCAUGCUUCUUUCUUAUGUUUUGUAGGGAAAUUAUUUUCAUUUUUUUUUUUUUUAUUCUGGUAAUGGACACACAAAUAUUACUUUUGAAUUUAAAGUGGAUCGAAGGAUCAAUUGGUUAUACUAUAAAAUGUUUAUUUUUUUUGUGUUUGUUUAUGAACAACUUUUUAAACAGGAAACUUUCUCCGAUAUCAAGUGUGGUACCUUAUCUAAAAAAAAUUAUUAUCUAGUUGGUGUUUAGAUGAGGUUAUUUUUUUUAAUUUUCCUGUAGUUUUAUUAAUAAUUGUUCAAAACAAAAAAAUACAUGGAAAAAUGGAAUAAUUAUGUAAAAUAAUGUUUGUAUUAUUUUGAAUUUUGUUUUUUUGUUAUAAUUAAGUUAUACAUUUAUGUAGAAACAUGCAAUUUUGACAGAAAUCUCACAUUUUUCUUUUUUAGAUGUGGAAAAAUUUAAAUAACAUUUGAGCCACUUUUGAACUACUUAUAUAUUCAUUUUAAUUUUACGCAUUUUUACGUUAUAUUUAUUUGGUUGAUAUUCUAUGGAUUUAAUUGUUUCACCAAACAAAAAUAAUUGAAAAUUUAACAGAAAGUUAAUUUUAAGUUGUGCUUUGUGGUGAAAAAAAAUUGAAUGUAAUUUUUUAUACGAGUUUUAAUAAUUGAAAUUUUGAUGUAAAUCGUAAAUAUUACAGCCUUUCGAAACAUGUAUAAACGAACAUCGUUCCGAAUCGCUUUUCGUAAGCAUUAGUUUAGGUUGCUUAUAGAUAUAAUUUAAAUAACUUUAUGUGUCCUACCUUCCCAACUUCCCACCUACAACAUUGGUACACCCGACCCGGGUAUCGGCUAUUUUUUUUUUCGGUUAAGACGAUGUCGAGGGAAAUAAGGUACCUACCGAAUUUAUUUCGCUGAUUCGAGUACAUUAUACGAAGAUGAUUGAUGGUCUACGGGCGACGGAGCAAUUCGUAUCGAUGUAUAAUAGAUAAUGUUUAUAAGCAACACACCGAUCGUUUGCUAUCUAUCGAUUUUUUUUUUUUUUUUUUUUUAUCGUGUGCAUCUCGUUGGCUAUUACAUAAUGCGUUGAUCAGAAUAAAUAACUGAUAUAUAUUAUAUUAUAUUAUAUUAUAAUUUAUAAUACCUACGUCGCGACGCGAUGUUGUACAAAAACUGUUAUCGAAUUUCUGUAUUUUUUUUAUUAUUCUUUUUUUUUUUUUUAAUCUCUUAAAUGAAUCGUCAGUUUUUGCGUCGACAUAAUAUAUUUGUUGAAAUGUUGAAUUUUUGUACACCCUAAAAUAUUAUGAUUAUUUUUCUUUUUAAUUAUCUGAAAUAAAUUAAUAAAUCACUGUUUCUGCUGCAAUUCGUGUAAAACUCGGAAUGAAAUCUAUGUUUAUAAUCAAUUGAAUUUCUUAUCUAUUUUUCGUGGUUGUCGCGGAUUUUGCGGAGCAAUGAACACAGUUUAUGAAAAAUUACGUUAUUUAAUGUAAAGAAUCUCUCACGUUUAAUUAUCUAAGUCUAAAAAGUUUAGGGAGACGAAACUUUUUGAGCAUUUUAACGCCAUAAAAGUGUUUUGCCGCGGAAACAAAAGACGAAAAAUAUGAAACAUACUUCACUGUAAAACGCUAAUAUUAAACUUUCUCGCUCUGCUAUAACAGUCAUACAUGACUUUAAUUAUGUAUAUUGGCUGAUUUAUGCCAUUCUAUCGUAUAUGCAGAAUUAUUCCUUUAAUGAGAUAUUUAAUUACUAUAACGCAAUACGUGUUUUCAAAUUUAAUUUAAAACCUAUAUGAGUACAUCGAGAGAAAUACUCGUUGAACAGAGUUGAACCAACUGUUUCGUAGAGUGGUUCGUUCUCCAUCGUUUUUAAGUUUCUAAUAAACAUAAUCUUAGAAUAUUUUAUAUCCCGGUUGUGUCCGUCCGUCCUUAUAGUUACGGAAUGACGUUAUAGAUUUGAUUUACAAGGAAAUAUAAUAUACAUAGAAGUCAUAACUUUAUUAUUAAAAUAAUAAUACCAUUAUUGAUUCAAAUAUAAAUUCUAAAAAAAAGAGCUGAGAUACUGUGUAUGGGUGUGCUGUUGUAGGUGGAAGUUGGGAAAGUAGGACACAUAAAGUUAUUAUUUUAAUUUAUGCCUGUAAGCAACGAUAAAUACACACACAUAACAAAACCAAUAAAUCCGUAGCUUCACUUCUCAUCUAAAAUAUAUAGGGUUCAAAAGUAUAAAUACUUCAAGAAUUUAAAAAAUUUCUUUUUAGUUAUUUACAAUUUAGGUUUUUUGAUUUAUACAGGUUUCUAUACACAUAAGUAUAAAAUUUAAAUCUUAUAACGUUAAUAAAUGUUAAAGAAUACCGGACAAAGGAAGAAGCUCUGAGUAUUAUAUUUUUUUAGAGCAAUAAAGAUGUCCGAAAAGUUUCAUCUAUAUAUACUAUUUAUAUUAUAUAUGAACUUAAGAGAUGGAAUAUUUAAGACCAAAAUGCUCGAUAUACUGGGUAAUAUAUAAGUUAUUUUUCAAUUUGUUCAAAAGUUUGUCAGAAUUAACGUAAAUAAAUAUCUAUAAUUCUUAAGAAAAAAAUUCGUGAAAUUUACGACGCAGACAGUUUUUAUAAUAUCCACUUUAUAUAUUACAGGCAAAUAUUCGGUCACGUGAUUCGAAAAAUAAUUUUCCCUCAAUAAAUUCAAAAAAAAAAACCAACCAAACAUCAAUUUUAACAUUGUUUUAUAUUUACCGUACAGUUUUUAAAAUAAUAAUUUAUAGAAGUUACCAUAGUUACAAGUUGUAGUAAAAUAUUAUGUAUAUUAUGCGUCAAGAAAAAGUCAAGUGAUAUACUAAGAUUAGCAUAUAAAGUGUUGACUUGAAGACAUACUUUUUCAAAAUUUACCGUGAUUUAAUGAAUUUAAUAUUAUACAUACAGGAGUAUUUUUAAUUACUGGAGGGGGAAAAUCAAAUAAUUUAAAAAAUGUAUCGUGCAACAUUUUUGAUAAAUAAUUGCUGAGUCUAAAUGCGGCGGAGUGCAAAAAUAAAAAGGGUCAAUCAUACGGUCUAUGGAUUAUACAUAUCAAAUAUGUAAAUCUGUCAUUUUCAAAUAAUAAUAUAACCUUUAACGAACUCGAGAUAUUCUCUACCAUACCAUUAUUAUUAUUAUUAUUAUUAUUAUUGUUAUUAUUAUCACUGUAAUAUUCAUUUUUAUCGUAGAAAAUAUUUAUCAAUUAGGUACAAUGCCGAUAUAAAACGUAUCAACAUUUUAUUAAAUCUAAUCUUUUAUAAUCUCUUCGUUAUUCGAAAUUGUCUCGUACGAUCAAUAACAUCUAAACUAUAUUAAACGUAUAAAAUUCACUAUACACUACACUAAUAUUAUAUUAUAUUCGUAAUUCACAUAAAUAGGUAUAAUAAUAUAAUACUUGAGAGUUGUGUGUCUAUAAUAAUCUAUUUCUACUCGUACAAUAUACUUACAAAAACGACAGAAACGGUUCCAAAUUAUUCUCUUGGGGUAACCUUUACGGAUUGUUACGACAUCGUACCAUUACAGUAUAAUACGAGACAGCUGCAUUUCGGGUUAUUGAAACGAACCAUGACGCUUUUUAGUCCUAUAUUGUAGCCUAUAGCAGCGGUUUUCAAAGUGUGCGCCUUAUGAAAUAAUAUCUAGUCUGAAAAUAUAUUUAAAACCAAAUGACAACAGAAACUGUGUCACUGAUUACAAUAAAAACUACAAAAUGCAGAUAUUUUGCCCAAUUGGCAGUGAUACUUCGUUAAAAAAAACUUAAAAAAGAGCUAUAACUUGGAACGGGUGGGCCAAUGAUGUAGGUGAAAAUUUGGCUAGGUAAAAUAAAUAAGAUUAUUAAAUUAUAUCUGUAGGCGACGAUAAACUAUUACAACCGAAAAACGAUACGGGGCGAAAAUCGGUUACACACGUUUUGAAAUGCCAUAAUAUUUACGAUUUUUAUCAAAAUUUGAUAUUAAAACUCUUAAAAAAAAGAAGUUCGUGAACAAAUCCACCGUUUUAUAACACUUAGAUUUGGUUUUCGUAAUCGUUCCGUAUAGUGAUUUAUAGAAUCAUUAGUGCAUUUACAUUUCUGUAAUGCGUUAGUAACUUUAAUGUUUAUUGAUAAAACGCUCUGUAGUAUUUACAAAAUCUUUAGCUUACAGAUCCGACUGUAACUUUCACAGAUAGAUUUACAUAUAUAUGUUAUCAAUAUUAUUAGCGAAAUUCUGGUGGUGUUUUUUUUUUUAGUUUACAUACCUAUUGUAAAUCGACAAAUCGUAAAUCACUAUUAAUAUUAUGGAUUCAUUGUUGUCAAGUGAUAAUAUUUAUAUUGUUGAAAUAUUGACUUCUGACCAUGCUACUAAGACCGCGAAUGUGUAAGAUACCCCAGUUUUAUCAGUUAUUAUUCAGUAUUAUCAAAUAUGUGUGGUUUAAUUUACCCAGUAACAAUUUACUAUUUAUACAAAUUCUAAUAUGCAACAAUGAUACAAAGCCAUAAUAAGUUUACAGGCAGUUUUUUAUGCAAUGCCACCUUAGCGCUAUACAAUGUUACUCUACACAUUGCAGUUUUAUUUAUGAUCUUCAUAGUAACUAAUAAUUAUUACGUAGACAUUCAUAUUUAUGCGCCUAAUUACUGUUUACUAAUCAACAAAGUAAACAUACCUAAUACAUUUUUCUAGCUGUACAUUUUAAUUAAAUUAAGUAAUUAGGUACACAGACUACAUAAAUAUGUUAUAUUUAAUAAAUUAUCCGGUUCGUUUAAUGAGUAUAGCCUGUAGCCAAGUCUUGAAAUUCGUACAAUUUUUCAGCUUGUCGGUAUUGUUGCUUAAGUAAUUUUCUACUUCCAAAAGUUUUUAAAACGAUUGAAAUAAGGGAAUUAAAAAUACGAAUAUCUACAAAAUAGAUAUUAUAUAAGUAAUUAAAAUAAGAAACUACAUGACAUAUAAUUUCAUAAUACAUUGUUAUUUUCUUUAAAUUCAAAUUCUAUAAAAUACAGAUAAUAUAUUGGAAAAUAUAAGAUGAUAUAAAUGGUUGCGUAUAACAAAAUAUAUUAUACGAGAAGAUGAAAAUGGUUUUUUUUUAUUUUUCUGGGAAGAGUAACUGUAUGUUACAGUGAUAAAUACUAUUACUAUUUUUAUUUACCUGGCUUAUUAUUGUGGCGUUUUCAGUUUUUUUAUUCAUACGAAACUCUUUACAAAAAAAACAAAAUACGCGAACGCUUGUCAUAACACCGAAUGAGUUUACCAAGGUUUAAAGGAAUUUAAUAUGAAAAUAAAUAUGAAUUACUUUAAGUUACAUUCAUUAGAUUCUGAAUGUAACAAAGAAUGUAUUGGUUUUACUAAGAUGUUUAUUUUUUUUAAAUUUUUUUAUCUUGUAUACUAAAAUUCUACCAGAAAUCUUGCUCAGAUAUAUACGGGCAGCACUAUUUCUAAAAGGGAAUAUUGUCCAGAUGGUACUUUCGGGAGAUCGUUUUUUGAUUUCCCAAGCGGUUUUCAUAAUAUCUGGGAAAAACCAGGAUAAAACUUAAGAAAAACGGGAAAUUUACGAAAAAAAUGCUUUUAUUAUUUUACAAUUUUGUUUUUUUGUUGUAAUUCAACCUAAACCCUUAUUUUUGCCUUUUCUAGACGUGGUAAAAUUUUCAAAAAAUUGAAGCCACUUUUGAGAUAUUUAUGAACAUUUUAAUUUUGAGAGUUUUGUACGUAAUAUUUAUUUGGUUGGUAUUCUGUGGUAAAAUUGUUAGACUUGAACAAAAAUGUUUCAACAUUUAACAGGAGGCUUAUUAAGAUUCUUACUGUGUGGUAAAAAAAAAAAUUGAGCUUAAUGUAGUAAUUUUUUAUACAGGCAUUUUAAUAUCAAAUUAUGACGAAAAAUUUAUGUGAAACAAAUCUAAUUUUCCAAUUUUUUUUUUUUUUCGAACAUAUGUAUAUUGCUGAUUUAAGAACGAUGGUGAAGUCAAAAUUAAGCGGACUUAUUUCGAAAUUAUAGCUUUUUGAAGUUCUGAUAUUAUGCGGAUAAUAUAUAUUAUGUUAAAUAACUUGUCCUUCGUAAAUCAUAUUUCUCGGGAUUUAAUGGUUAUUUAUGCCUAUUAUCAUCCUAGUGGUUUCGAGACCUCAAACCAGUGUGACGAAAAAAAAAUGUUUGCAUUUCUAUUCCCUUUUAUGAAAACAAGAAAAAAAACAAAUGUAUUUUGAAUGUAACUAGUAACCUAAGCCACCGUUCUCUUGAACUAUUUUAAUCGCAAAAUACCCCUCGAUUUAUUGUCCAAACUUUUCUACCAGAAAUCUUGCUCCAAUGUAUCAAAUAUAGCUUAUUUUCUGAGAGGAAAUUUUGUCUCCAUGGUAAUUUAGAAAAGUUGUUUUUAGAUUUUGUAAGCGGUUUUCAUAAUAUCUGGAAAAAACCGGGGUAAAAUGUUGAGAAAACGGAAAAUGUACGAUUGGAAGAUAUUAGUAAAAAAAUUGCAUGGCCUUUUUUUUCUGUGUACAACUUUUCUACCAGCAAUUUCACUCUGAUUUAAAAUUAUAGUACUUUUUCUAAACAGCUAUCUGACUGGGAAGGUACUUUAGGGAGGACAUUUUUCUAUUUUUCCAGGAGUUCUCCUAAUAAACAGAAAAAAACGUGAAAUGGGUCAAGACAAGGCAAUAACAAGAAAAUAAUUUUGGAGGAAGUUGUAAAAGAAAAAUGUCUAGUGUUCUAAUAGUAUUUUAAUAUCGUAUAGGUAAUUUGAUUUCCAAUUUCGAGGAGAGAGUGUUUUAAUUCCCAAAUUCCCCCCCCCCCCUUGAAGGCACGGCAUUUAAAGAAGAAUUAAGAAUUUCGCUUGAAAAUGUACAUCCUAAUAGAGUUACCCAAGUUACAUUUUAAGACAUUUUAAUUUUACGAUUUUUGUACGUAAAUUUAUUUGAUAUGUACUCUAUAGAUAAAAUUGAUAGACUGAACAAAAAUGUUUGGAAAAUGUACAAGAUGUUCAAAACAAGAUUUGAAGUAUUUUUUAUUUGUAUAGAAGUUUUAAAAUAAAAAGGUGACGGAAAUUGUAAAUAUUAUGAUCUUUAAAACCAUUUAUAACUUAACUCGAAAAACGAAUCGUUUUUUGUUAGCAAUUGUUUAUUGUUAGUUACAAAUAUAAUAAAUAACUUUAUGUAUCCUACCUUCCCAACUUCUCACCUACAACAGUGAAUGCUCUUAUCCCUAUUAUUAGCUCUUUUUUUAAAAAUAUUUUAUGUUUUAGGUAUAUCAAAAGUAUUUUAAUUUAGAUUAUUAAUUAGUAUCUCAUCUAGUAGUUAUUCAAUUUGCCAAACGCCGUAUAAUUAAUGAUAAAUCCAAAACGAAGAAUAAUUGUAUUUUUUUACUGUCAAUGCAGAAUAAAAAAGAAAAAAGGAAUAAAUACAAAUCUAAUUGAUAUUGAAUAUCCAAUAUUUAAAUUAAUAUUAAAAAUCCUAUAACUCUUUUGACGAGACAUUUUAAAAUUAAUAACUAAAAUCAAUCAUCAAAAUACUCAUUUUGAGUACAAUACGCUUUUCGACGGGAACAUGAUUUAUUUCGAUACUUUUUACGAAAUAUUGCAAUACUAAAGAAAUAUUAUGUAGCUAUUAUAAAUUAAUAAUACAUUUUUUGAAUUUCGAUCAAUUUUAAAUUUCAAACUUAUACCGACUAUAUAUUAUAUAUAUAAUAAGUUUUUACAUUUUAUUAAUAAAUAACAGUUGUUUCUAUAGAGAAGAAAAAACUUUUAAAAUUAUUAUUAAUGGAAACGAAUGUUCUGUAAACGUUGCAUGAAACUUUAUAAUAUUAAAACUUUAAAAGCAGCUCUUAAAUUAAAGAACAUUUUACACAUUUUAACGUUUGAAAAGAUUAUUAUUUUAAUAAUUAUUAUAAUUGGCUAAAAUCUCCCUUGUCGCCACUCGUCAACCGACUUAAAAAUUAAGUGUAGCUAUUUUUUUGUGAAAUAUCGCUAAUUUGUAUUUACAAUUAUUACACCAUAUUAUAAUUAAACAAAAUCCGAAUAAUUUAAAUGAGAUUGAGGGUUUAUACCAAUAGCAUCAUCGAAAUGGGAGAUGCAAAAAAAAAAAUAAAAUAAAAAAUAUUAUCAAACACGAAAAGUUUUUCUCGCUGCAGUAUAUAAACACAAUAGCUUUUUUGUUGUGUUCAGAGGUUAAAAAAAAAGUUUCAUAAAUACGGGUUUUUUUUUUUUUAAUAGACAAUGAGUUUAUAUUAUGAUAGUAUUGUAUAACGCGCGCACGAGGUUAAUUAGUCGGCAUAUUGUCAUCGUAUUAUUCUAUUCACUUCUCUGUUACUAAAAUUAUUAUACCAUACUAUACGUUCUAUGUGAAAUUACGCGAUUAUAAUUUAAUUAAUUUCAAAUGUUUUCUUAUCGCAAAUUUUCUGCCCUAAAACGAACAUACUGACAGUAGGUAUUACUGUAUUAGAAAUUGGCUGCUUUUAUAGGCAUAUUAUCGAUCUCAUUUUUAAUAAAAAUAUUAACAAAAAUAAUAGUUAUAUACCUACUUACUAUAUUGCUGCUUUAAUGUGAACAUAAUUUUUGUAAGUAGAUUUCUUCAUGAAACUUGGUCACCGAGAAAAUCAGACGAAAAUAACUUUUUCGUAUUGAGACAGUCAAAUAUUACAGUAAAUAUUCGAACCAUUAAAGUAAGUAAAAUAACCAGAAAAUGUAGAGGGAAAAAAAACAGGGAAUUCUAAUCAUGCAAAUAACGUCAGAAAAAAGAUUUCAGAGAUUAUCGAAGAAGGAAAACAGUGGUGAAUUAGUUAUGUAAGGAUUAGCCAAAACCCAUUAUUUCGGGCAGUGCUAGAACGAAAAUCAUCAGGGGAAAUGCCUUUGAGAAAGCCUAAGAUAAUGAAGAACGACACUGUGAUAUAGGAUGUCGAAGAUCUUGGAGGUGGACCAAAUUGGAGAAAUUUGACGAUGGUUAAAUAUAACUAGAUUACUAGUCCAAUAGAGGCCAAAUAAUAAUUAGAUAAAUAGUUUGAAGGCAGUAAGGUAUAAAGAUAUAUAUACAAAUAUAUUGUAUAAUUUUAUUUAUUUAUCAAGAGCAGCGAUAUAUCUUUGAGGAGAUGAAAUACCAAAAACAUAGACCAAAAUUAAGGUAUGAGGCAAAAUAUAAAAAAGUUUAAAAAUAUUGACCCUGCUGUACGCUUAUUUAUUCAAAAAUCAAAUUAUUUAUUUUUUGUGUGCUAUAGUUUUCGUCAAAAACAUAAUAGCUGGUAUAAGAAAAUAUUCAAUUUUUUUUUUUUCGGUAAUAAGUUAUGACUAAUAACUUUAUGUUCGUUUUUUUUCUGUUAUCGAAAAAAUAGUAAAAACUAGAAAUCAAAAAAAAAAAAAAAUUACCAUACAAACACUAAAUGAUAAAAAUUUGAUAAAUCUUGAUUUAACUUUCACUUGACAAAAAUCAAUAACAUUAGAUUUACUUGGUAUUUAUUUUUUUAUUAAAAGCGAGUCUUCUGAUCGAAAUCGCUUGGAAUCUAAAAUUAAAUAAUAUAAAAUAUUUUAUUCGUUAAUGUAACAAAAAAAUAGAACACGAAACCUCUUACAACCUGAUAAAUGAUAAUGAUAUGUUAGCAAUUUAAUAUUUCUUUAGACCAUUGUUAGCAAAAGGCGCUUACCCGCUGUGAACGACAGCGGCCUUUAAAGCUGCAAGAUGGCAAUAAUAGACCCAUUACACAAACUGACUGGUAUAUAUCCCAGUUGGAUUUUGAUUUUUUUUUUUCAAGUUAGUGCUUUGGAAAUAGGUAAAUAUUUUUUCAUUUAUUUGUUAUUGUUUUUUUUUUUUGUACCAGAUUUUUUUUCUUAUUCAUUGCAUUCAGUAUCUGUAUGUCGUCAAUAACUUUAAUUUUAUCAUCCGUAUCAAUAUUGUAUUUGUUUGUGAUAUGUCAGGGCAUUGAUGAACUAGUGCCAUUACCUAACCAAUUUUCAAAGUAUCAUGUUGAUUUUUCGUAUUAAAUAAAAAACACAUACUUAUGUAAAUUAUAUGCAUGUAUGAAAAGGUUAUAAGGUUGUUAAUCUUGGCAAGAAAUCAUUUUAACGGGCUCGCAGUGUUUCUUUUAUUUCAAGAAAUUUGCAAAAAACCGAAAAGAAAAUCACUUCAAAACGGGUGGAUUAUGGUGUAUUAUAUUAUGAUACUGUAUACGCAUAUUUAUUUUAUAUUAUGAUGUCAGCUGUCCGUUACAAGAUUCUCGAAUUUCGUUUGUAUACGAGAUCCGACGUAAAAAUUCGAAACGCAAUCCUUUAUAUUCGCUGAUGCUGUGUAUAGAUUAAAAAAAAAAGGUCGCAAUUUUGUAUGGUUUGAAAUACCUUGCUCAAAAACUCGCCGGCUGACACGUUGAAAACUUUUAGCCCCCGAAACAAAUGGUAUUUUUUAGACGCUGAUUAAUCGGUUCCGGUAUGGUGCUGCUACGGGGUCGAAACGGAUAAAUUUCAUUAUACAUAAGUACCUAUACUACGAGACGAUUCUUGAAAGAUACAGUAUAUUUAUUUUAUUAUUGUUUUAUUGUUAUUAUUAAACCGUGAAACUGUAGAAAUCGUCCAAAACAAAACCCCGAAAUACAAUAUAGCUUCAUCCACCCCUCUCCCACACAUACACACUAACAAAUCUCAAACCCUUUUUUACGCGCAUAUGCUCGUUUUUGUAGUUGUGAUGGAAUCUGCAGUUUGAAUGUAAUAUUCUAACCAUUAUUUUGUGAUAUGUGAACGGGGCCAGUGACGGUGUGUUGGGGGUACGUCCCAAUUGCUGAAACGGCGGGACGUCGUGGCCGUCAAAGAAAGUUGGAAAAUUCCCGACUGGCUGCACGUCACUGCGUAUACAUAAUAAAUAUUAUUACCUAAUCGGCAUGUAAAUAUUCAUCAGCCGCCGGUCGUCCAAGUAUUUUAUGGAUUUUACCGUUUACCAUAAAGAACGAUGACGAUGUAUCCCAUAGGAGGAUCACAGUAUCCCGUACGAUACUGAUCGGCGAUUAGAGCAGAUAUUAUAAUUAGGAAAUAUUAAAUAUUUUGCACAUGAUCACCAACGAAACCGAGUCAAUAUUAUUUUGUAGAAUAAUAUUUAUAACAUCCGUGAAAUCUGCGCACUUGCCAUAAUAUUACCUAUUUGAUAAAGAAUAGUCGAACUGUUUUUUCCCUAAAUUAAAAGCAAUCGAAUUGUGCAGUUGGAUUAUAAAAAAAGGUAAUGGUCGAACAACAAUCUGAACACAAACAUAUAAUAGUUGAACAGCAUCUAAGUAAAAAAAUAUUAUUUUUUGGAAUAAUUUAUCAAGCUCAAAAAAACAGGUUUUUUUAAAUAUUUGAGAAAACCAGAAAGCAAAUUAUAGGCAAAAUGGCAAAUAUUUACCGUUAUGUUAAUGAUUUCAUUGUUUUUAAUUUUUACAAACUAUGUUUUCUAUAAAAAAUAUUGCUUCAAUAGAAAAACAAAAAUUGGUAUUUUAUAUUGCACUUUUAAUCUAGUUAAUGAUUAACAAAUUGUUUUUUUGAUUUUCUACGUGGUUUUUAUUAUAAUUAAGCAAAACCAAAAAAGAACUGGUAAGUUUAUGAAAAUAAUGGUUUAGUAUGUUUCAAUUUUGUUUUUUUUUUUUUUAUACAAUUCAAUUAAAAAUAUUCGUGGAGACAUGAAAUCUAGAAAGAAAACUUAUAUUUGCUUUUCUGCACAUGGUUGAGCUAUUUAUAGAGAUUUUAAUUUUGAUAGUUUUAUACGUAAUUUUUAUUAGAUAAGAACGAUUGAAAAUUAAACAGAAGAUUUAUUUUAAAUUGUACUUUGUAGUCAAAAAUAAAAAAAAAUGAACAAUGUUUUUUUUUUUUAUUAAAGAAUUUUAGUAUUAAAUUUUGACGAAUAUCAUAAGUAUUACGGCCUUUCAAAAUAAAUAAGUAUAACCGAACUUCCCUAACAAUCGUCUUUCUUAAGCAAUGGUUUAGGUUUAUCGUUGCGUACAGAUGUGAAUUAAAUUCUCCUCUAUAUCAUACCUUCCAAACUUCUUACUUAUAACAGUUACCCAUAUGUCAUACGAAGUUUGUUCGACUUUUUACAUACCUUUUAUAGACUGAAGUGUAGUUUGACGUUUACAAUAAAUUCAAUCCAAAAUUAUCCAUUAAAUUCACUAUUACUGCUAUUCUGUGUUAUCACGAUCAUUAAAUUUGAAAAAGCAAUACAUUUACGACAAUUUUACAAGUCUGAUAAUAACCUCAUUAAAGUUCCGUUUGAGGUGAUCUUUGAAAAAAGUAAACUCUCAAUAAUAUUAACCGCAUAAUUAAUACAGAGGACAUAACUAGUGUCUUGACCUUAUCUUCUAUAAGACCGUGAUAAAGAUUUACGAUAUAGGUACAUGAUUUAAUUACAGACAAUAUAAAUAAAAUAAUGAAUACGACAGUGAUUUUAUCAUACGUAAAAAUUAAUCUAAUAUGGAUCUACAGACGACAUGACUUUUAUCGGAUAGUCUGUUCCUUUGUAAUUUUAGGGUUUUUUUUUCUAGUUAAAAAUUCUAUUUGUUCCUACGAUUUUAUCACAAAAUUCUUUUCAUCAGUAAUAGAUAAAAAACCACAUCUCCUAAUCAAAAAUGCUGUCAAAUUGUGUACGUUUAAUUUAUAAAAAAAAAAAAAAAAUGAUGCUGAGAAAGGGAGUGUAACUGAAAUAAGCAAAAUUUGAAAAAGUAGAAUACAUAAAGUUAUUUAAUUUAUAUCUAUAGCAACGAAAAACCGCCAUUAAUAACAAAUAACAAUUUUAAACGGAGUUCGGUUACACAUAUUUUGAAAGGCCGCAGUUUUUAAGAUUUUCGUUAAAAUUUCAUUUUAAAACUCUUAAAAGAUUUUGUUUUCUUUGAACACCUUGUAUGACUUAUAAUGAACCUCCAGUAAAAUUUACAAGCAUUUCUGUUUGUUCUUACAAAUUUUAUACACAAAAUACCCAUUAAAUAAAAAUUACAUAAACACUUAGAAAAUUUAAAUGUCUAUAUAUAGCUCAAAAAUGCCUUUAAAAAAAAGCUGUUUUAAAAUUGUUAUCAAGUCAAAAAAAGGCCAAAGUAAGUUUUUUGUGAAAACUGCAAGUUUCUACAAUAGUUUUUACCCAAAAAACAAAAAAUACCCAAACGUUUUUUGUCCACAAGAUUAUGUUUUGUAGAAACAUCUGAUUUAUUGUACGGAGUUAAAUUUACUAAUAAUUAACAAUGGAGAUUUUGGUUUCCAAAAAUAUUUCUUUGAGAAAUUCAUUAUAUGGAAAUUAAUACAUUUUACGAGAACACUAAUUUGUUGCUUUCAAAUGGUAUUAUAAAUUGUUAUAACCGUAGCUAUGCAGAAUUAAAUUAUUAAAUUAUUAUUAUUAUUAAAUUAAAUUAUUCGCAGUGUACUGAAAAUCGUAACAUUUGGAAAUUGCAUUAUAUUAUUAUUUUUCUAUAAAAUUACAAUUGUUUCUCAUCAUUGUGUUUCAGACGAUAAUAAGGACUGCUAAAAAAUAUAUAAAUAAUUCUAUAUUAAAAUUAUUAUUUUUAUUACACAAAAGAUUCAAACAAUCUGCAUUUUAAAUUAGUAUUAAGUACAAUAAUAAUAAUUGAUAUAAAAGCAAAUUCGUGGAUUUUCCAAUAGAGAAUAUUACACUAGCAUCACUGGCAUGGACUCAAUGAAUGAUAUUAAUAUUAAAAAUUGUUUUUGUUUGUUUUAUGGACUGUAUAUAUAUACACACUUAGCUGUCAAUACGUUUGUACUAUUCUAACAUGUUUGUAGAUUAAUCAUAAUUUACAUAAAUACGUAUACACAUCUAACUCGGGACUGUUCCGAGUUAUCGGUAAAACGAAUUAAUCUUUUACACUGUUAUGAGAUUCUGUGUACGAAGAAUGUAUUAAUUCUAUUAUGAUGUGUGCUAUUUUUUUAACUUUAAAUGCAGCAAGAAAUGUUUUGGUGUAUACUUGUUUUCUGUUUGUAAUCAAUUUUUCCGCCAGAAAUCAUGCUUCAAUCUAAUGAGAAGAGAGCUCAUUUAAACAUUUUGGAUCUAGAUGGAAGGUGUAUUAAAGAGGGUCAAUUCAUUGAAUUUCGAAACAUUUUUCAUAAUAAUUGGAAAACCGGAAAAAUCGUAUUUCAUUCGGUUUAAAAAAAUCACAGAGAUAUUAUGACAUUUUUACAGAAUACUUGUAUUAACUUAGAUUUAUUACUUAUAUUAUUUUUAUAAACGUAGUAAAAGUUUACCGGUGAUGAUGGUGGUAUUUCACGCCGUGAAAACUGUCUUAAACAUUAUAACGUAUUUUGUUCGUUCACCUGUCUUUAGGAGAGCGAUUUUAUUUCAAUAUUGUACACAAUUUCAUGAAAAAAUUUAAUACAAUAUGACAUAUGAUUGUAUUUUUUCUUUUUCCAUAAUGUAAAUUUAUCGUACUAUAUAAUAUGGAAUUCCCAGUGGCGUAUUUUCAAACUUUUAAAUGACGACCUAAUAUAUCAUAUUUCAAAUUGUUUUAUUUUUUCAACAGUAUAAAAAAGUAUGUACCGAUAUUAUAAUCGAUUCUAUAAAAAUUAAAAAUUCGUAUAGCAAGGUUAUUAUUUUAUCAAUUUUAUAGAGCAGUGUAUUUAUUAUUUUUUCGUAAGAACAUGAAAACAUCUAUUUUUUCAAAAAUGUAUUUUUGCUUUUGAAUGUAUUAUUGUAAUAUCCACCUCGUAUUUCCAUAGCGCAAAAAUGUAAAUCCAACCAUGUAUUUGAAAAACUGAGGCAAUACGACUUUUCCGCGUUCGUGAUUUCGUUUUAAUCUCGGGUAUUGUUUAUGCAUGUGUAUUUUUUUCUUUUAUUAUUAUUUUAUAGCUUACGUAUGAUAUCCGCAACUCACUUUGCGACCACACGUGAAUAACAUUUUCAAUAUAAUAUGAUAAUUCAAAGGAUCAAACGUCAAAUAUCACAAAAUUUAUCUUGCUCGUUUCUAUUUUGUACUUUUAUAUUAUAAAGGCACUUUUUGUACUCUGUGCAGAGUCGUGUGACGGAAAACAGUUAACUAAAUUUAAAAUAUAUAUAUUGUACGCUAGAUACCUAUAUAAAUAAAGCGACAACCCGUACGGCCUUAAUAAUAAAUGCGUAGAACCGUUAUAAUAUAUAAAAACAAUUUCUCCGAAGUAAAUAGCAUAAUAGCAUGACGUUCGAAAAUUGACAGAAAGUCAAUUUGCUAUGGUUUAUUUUAAAUAUCGAAAACAGAAUCAGCAAUUUCAAAAAUGAUUUUAAAAAUUGUUAAAGUCAUUUUAAUACAUUUUAAUCCCGUCAGACGAAAUAUUGCAUUUUUAAAAACUUAUAAAAAUCACACAAAUCUUAGGUACCAAAAAUUAUAGUUUUUGGUUUUAUAUCGCUCACAUUUUAAUAAUAUAUUAACUUUAAGUAAUUUUAUCUUGGGUUUUUGACGUAGCUAUUGAACUUUAUCAACAUUGUAUCGUCUAAACUCUACAUUUCCUGACGAUGUGGUGUUAUCGCAUUAUUAUUAUAUUACAGACCGAAAAGUUUCUAGUUCGGGCAAAGGUAAUUAAUUUAAGUUGUAGAAUAUGUAUUUUAUAGUUUGCGAAGAAAAAUGUAAUUCAAUUUUCGAGAAUAACUAUAUAACGCAAUCUACGUAUGUAUUACGUUCAGAGAAUUCGCCAAGUACGAAUUAUUAGAUUAAACUAUGUAUAAACAGUUUUAAAAAAAAAAAGUAUAAACUACGUACCUAAGUAUAAUAUAUAAUACCGGUGUGUUAUGGUGACAUUUCCUCUCCACCUCUCGGUAAAAUAUUAGAGGUCAAAUAUUCACUAAUGAAAUUAAACCCCCGCUCCCCACCACUGAUAGUUUAACAAUUUGAAUUGGUGUCAUUGGUUAAUUUCUCUAGCGAGCAUUUUCCCUCCGAUCAAGUAUCAUAGGGUUUACGCCGACUGACACAUUCAUUUUGUGGAUUAUAAUAUAGACUCGGCGUGGAGCGAAGAAUUUAUUAUUUUAUUUAUCCGAAAACUAGAGAAUGCAUACUAUGAGAGACGGUGUCAGAUGCAGGAGAUUUAGGACCGAGGCGGCUAACCCCAAAAAUGCAAAAAAUAUAUAAUCGGGAAAAGAAUCGAAGGAGUAGGAGUAGGGAAAGAAGUUAGUAAUAUAAAGCUUGUGUGUGGGUGGCGUGGACAAAUAUUUUCUUACAAUCUAUAUACCUACUCGUAUAUUUACCUAAAAUAUUUUUAGUGCUUUUCAAUAUUGAAUAUUUUGCGACUCUUCGAUAUAAUAUUUUAUUAUGAAUGACUUACCUACUACAAUACGAGUAUAAUAAUUUACGCGUGAAUUCAAGUCAUGAGUACAUGUAACUAUAUUAAUUAUGUAGAUUAUAUUUUGAUUUAUUAAAAUAUCACUCGAUAAGAUUGAAAAACGAAUUUAUAUUUUUAGUUUAUAAUCGAUUUAGGAAAUGAAAAAAAUAAGAAUAAAAUAAAAUAAGAAAAAAAAAAAAUUACUUUCCUUCGUAUUUGCCACUGAAACACGAGUCUGUGAUUAAUUAUUAUCUUGGAAUAUAUUUAAAGCAACUAUAAAUCUUUCGAAUGUAGUACAUAUAGUAUAUUUCAUUCGAAAGACGAUUACGGAUAAAUAAACUAAAAAUCUUAGUGUAACUUUCGUUUUAUUAAAAUUUCUUCACUCGAUUUUUUUUUUAUUUUUUGACGUUUUCACAAAAACCAAUGAAUAAAGUCAAUAAAUUACUAGAUCGCUAAAUAUUUAUCGGUGUGAACUACUUACCAUUACGUUAUCGGAAAAAAACCUUCAAAACAUUCUACUAACCAGUUAAUUCUACGCUCCUUACCCAAAAAAAAAACCCACAUUUUAAAAACAUGUCUAUUUCCACUAUAAAUCUAAAAUACUCAUGAUUUUUUUUUUUUUAACAUAUAGUUAUUAAAGCAAUACUUUUCUAUUGAAUAAAAUACAAUUUUAAGGGAAUCAGUUUACGUUAACGUAAAUAAUCUUUUUUUGCACUCUGUCAACUAUAUGAGUACCUAACAGUUUUAUUUAUUUUAUUUUAUUUAUUGCCUAUAUCUAAUUUAUAUAAGUACUUCUUUAACCGUUGUGUCUAAACGAUUGGGAUAAACAAAAACACAUUUUUCAUAAUAACUGCAGUUGAAUCGUAUACUAUGGCCUAAUUAAAAAAUAAACAAACAAAUAUUUUCUUUAUUUUUAUAAUUAUUAUAUUAUUUAUUAUAUAUUGAUAUUUUAUAUUUUAAAACGAUUUUGACAAUUAUUACUCUUAAAAGGAAUAUGAGCAAAACGCUCACAUAAAACGCUUCAAGAAUGUAUUUUGAAAAUCAAAAUUCUGAAUUAAAUUUUUAAAUUUAGGACUUGAAAAUAUUUGUCAUCCACUUGACUCUUAACACUUACACUAUUUAUUCUAAUUGUAUAAACAAUGUUUGUUGCAAGAAAAAUAAAAGAGCUAAUACUGCAGAAGGAUGCGUCACUCUUGUAAGGAUAUACAAUUUUUAAUAGAUUUAGAGUGAAGUUCGUUUGUUCAUCAUUAAAAAGGCCUCAAUAUAUACGAUUUUCAUCAAAAUUUAAUUGAUAUUAAAAUUCGUAUAAAAAAAAUUAACAUUAAAUUCGAUUGUUUUUUUUUUUAACCACAAAGUAUGACUCAUAAUAAACCUCUUGUUAAAUUUUCUGUUUGGUCAAACAAUUUUAUUUAUAACUCAUUAGGUACUCACCUACCGAAUAAAAAUUACGUAUAAGACUUGCAAAAUUAAAAUUAAAAUUAAAUAAAUCCUGUAUUGUUUAAGCGUACAACACAAUGAUUGCGCUAAAAAAUAACCGUUUAACAUAAUGGUUCAUUUUAAAUAAAAAACGCCAUCGUUCGAAUAAUUCUCAAUGUGCGUCCAUACAAAUUUGAGCCGAAAAAAUCGUUCAUGGAUUACUAACAGGUUUGAAAAAGUAAUGUUUAUCCUGCAAUUUGUUACCGUUAUAAUAUAUAACGUGUGUAUAAGGGAUCGUUUGAACCCUUGGAAGUUAAUUAUUAUACUGCGACGCACUAUAAUGUAUAUACAUAUUACUUUCCAUAUAAUACAAUCUAUGUGUAGUCUAUUUGUCUUUAACUAAUAGUAUACAUAUACUAUAAUGUCUGUUCCAGAUGAUAUACAUAGAACCAUUGAAAGCAUGUACGGUGUACAAUGGUCUCUAUAAAUUCUUACAUAGACGUUAGCAUACAACCGUCUAUGCACUAGCGAAAAGCUUUCCGGACGCAAUAAAUCAUUCCGAUAUAGCCUCUAUAUCUUGUUUAUCUUUCAUGUAUAAUAUCCUCCUAACGAUACCGUAUAACAUGCAUAAAACCGGAUGAUUUAUUACAAAAAAAAAAAAAAAAAACAUAAUAUUUAAAAAUAAUCACAGAGCAUAAGUCAUUACAAGCCGAUGAACGAUGUAAAAUUUUACACGGCGGUGGUGGUAUUAAGGGUUCUGUUCGUGGAUAUUACAAAUUGUUAACAAUUGUUAAUAACAAAUUGUUAAAAUUUACAGUUUAAAGGUCUUAACAACUCUCAACAAAGAAUUCAACCGGUAUUGAUCAGUUUUACCAUAAAGUUUGAAAAUAUAAUCUACAAAAUCUAAGCCGAUUCACUCUGUAAAUCAUUUGAAAAAAAAAAUAUGGAAAACAGGCCAAGUGCAGUCGCCUUAAAAUAUAUAGUAUACUCAACACUCGUGAUAAAUAAUAAAUUACUCCUGGUUUCGUGUCAAUUUUUCACGCCUCCAAUAUUUUGAUGAGUGGUUUCUCCUCCGUGAAAAAUGUUUUUUUUUUUUUCAUUUCUUUCUUCGUAAUUUUUCCAAUCAUCUAAAAGUGAAUUUUUCUAGUAACUUGUAACUUUUUUCCUACGAGAAAGCUAUCGAUCAUUUUUUUUUUUUUCAGAACUUACUACUUGUAUGCAUUAUAAUCUAACGCCUUAAUAAUAAUAUUAUUAUUAUUAUUAUUAUUAUUAUUGUUAUUAGUAUUUUUAUCAUUAUUAUUGUCUUAUCAAUAUUAUACAAUUAUAAAAAAAAAUAAUAUUGCAAUUUUUAUUUUUACCUAUAUAUAUAUAUAUAUAUAUGUGUGUGUGUGUGUGUGUGUGUUGUGUAUUUUUCCGUUAUAUUCUUUUUACUGUUUUUUCUUAUCACGUGCUAUAAUAAUCGUUGUAUAGGUUUUUUUAAUUAUUAAGUUAUAAUUUUAUCUGUAUAUUAACCAUGCUAAACAAUCAUUUAGCGUAAAUAAACUAAUAAUAAUAACAUUUUACAAAUUCGUGCGAUUAUUAUUUGAAUAUUCGAAAUCGAUUACGCGCACGGGUAAAGUUUAAUUCGUCGAAAAAUUCCGAUCGAAUACUACCAAUGGAAUCUAAUAUGAACAUAAACACAAGUUCCCUUGCUUUUGUUUUUCGCCAAACAAUUAAUAUUCGUACAGGUGUAUAAUGUAUUAAUAUUAAUUCGCUGUGGAUCAAUCGUAUGGCAUACUUGUAAUCUACCCCGAAUACGUCGACGUAUUGAAAUUGCGUACACAAAAUGCCGUUUAAUAAAAUAUUAACAUUAUGUUAUUAUAUUAAUCAUAUACGUGUGCACAUAUAUAUUGUAUAAUAAUGCGAUUUACCGUUAAAAACAGCUUAUUAGAAAUAUUUUCUUUUGCGUUUGAUAUUAUUAUGAAAUGUGUAUAAUUUGUUGUAAAUCUUUCGGGAGAGACGUAAAAGUCGUACAUUUAAUGGCGCUGUCCGGGUAUAUUGUGAAUUUACUAGAUACCGAAAACGAAGAUUAAGCUCGGUAAGUAAUGACAUGGUAUAUUCGCCAUUAUGUGGAUUAUAAAGACAAUCACCAGUGCAUCAGUCCGUAUCAAAAACUUUUCAGAACAUCCCAGAGUUAUGGGGCUACACCAGUGACUAUAAACGUUUUCGUUAAACGCGUUUUUUAGCGUUCACAUAUUAUUAUAACGUAUACGACAUUUGUGUGCUAAAUGCAUAAAAACCCUGCAGUCUGGGAAGAAAAAAAUUAUCAUUUUUAAUAUUCGAUAAUUCCGACAAAUUAUAAUAAAUUCAAAUUCGCCAUAGACAAUAUAAUGAUAAAUUUCUAUAAUUUCUUCCUUCGUGGUUGGGGUGAAUCGUAUAACAGUUUGCUUUGCUUACUUAAUGCAGAAUAUGCAACAGACACUUCUACAAUCGUAUAUAUUUGUAUUAUUCAAUAGUUAAAUGUCAAUAUUUUGUGAUUAUUCUUCCGUUUAAAAUCUUGUAUAUAGACAGUUGUAUUAUUCCAAGAAACACGUUUUUAUUUUUCAUUAUUUUUGUAAAUAAUUUUUGUUUUUCCGACAUUUUAGCCCUGUUUUUCCCACUUAUUAUAAAAACUGCUUGGAAAAUCAAAAAAUGACUUCCUUAAAGUACCAUCUAGAUAAAAUUUCCUUCCAGAAAAGGCACCACACUUACAUGUCGAAGCAAGAUUUCUGGUAUAAAUUAUUGUCACAAUAAAAAAAAAUUAAAAUAAACAUCAUUAUAAAACCAACGCAUUCAUCGCUACACUCGAAAUCUAAAUUAUGUAUUGCCACAAACCAUCUAAAAAUUUCAUAUUUAUUACAUACAUUUCAUUUAUAUGUUCCAAAAUAUAUCUCAUAUAAUAUUCCUCUGUCUCGCUUUUACACAACCGUGUCCAUCUCUCCAAUUUAUCUUUGUUCCAUCAAAUCUUCUCCUCCGGCGCAUAAAUAAAAUGUUUUAUUUAACACGUUAAUAAUGGGAUUGUUCAAAAUGAAAAACUCUGUAUAAUACAUAUUAUAGUGUUUUCAAUUUUUUUAUUUUACAUCCCACUGCUGUAUUUUUCUUAAGAAGCCUUCACUUACGUGUUAUUAAUUUUGUUAUCUUCACAUGACAGCAGGUUACAAUGUGACUGCCGACAGUUAUUAAUCGAAAUUUUACGUAAUGAAUACAAGACUCCAGGUACAGGAGAAAGCGGUUUCCACUGAUCCGGAACAAUCGGGUGACGUGAGUGUCAUAUUAUUAUUUAAUAGUAAUAGUAAUACGUAAAUAAAAUAAAAUAAUUUUAACCUCAACUUUUUUUCUAAUUAAAUGGCAUUCGUGUUAACUUUUAUUUUAUUAAUCGAUUCUGAUUAUACUCUUUUAGCUAAACCACGAAGAAUGCCGACUACAUCAUAUCCUGGCGACAAUGGUCAACCGCAAAGUUAUAGCUAUCAAAGCGGAUAUUUGUGAGACGAAGUCAAAAUGGAGGAUUCAGCCAAAGUUAUUAGUGCAAAAAUUGGCGGAGAAAAACUCGAAAAACAAACGCAAACUUGGGUACGUUUAUGUAAAAUAUAGGUACCUAUAACAUUCUGUGGUUAAAAGUGUGGCAGCAGGUAGGACAUAAUCGUUAUUUGGUUUUGGAAAUUGUUUUCGCUUCUUGGAAAAUUCUAAGUAUAACACAUGUACCUAAGUAUACGUAAGUAACAAUAAUAAUCAAAAACUAUUUACUUAUUUUCAUUGCACCAUAAACAUUAUACAUAUAUAUAUACACACCCCGUUUAUACGUGAUACUAAAUCACCCGCUAAGUAAUUGAGUAUCAUCAACUAAUAUUAUUUCACCUGACAGAUUUUACUAGGUUUUUAUAUUAUUUACGGGGAUAACUAAUGUUAUUUAUAAAAAAUAUUAUAAUAAUCGUUGCGUAAUUCAUUCGGCAUUAUGAACACCGAACUAAUUUAUAAUACAGAAUUAAAACAAUAAUUAGGUAUACACUAGGUAUUUUUUUUUUUUUUUUGUUAUGAAUUAAUUCUUGCUUUUUACUCGUAUGAAAAGUAGACGGAGAAAAGGUCGCUGUAUGCACUCAUGUCAUAAACACCAUCACCACCGCCACCACCACCAUCACCAUCAUCCGGACACUCCGAACCGACAGUUGUUCCACCAUCAUCAUCACCAUUGCGACGGGAUCGUUCGACAAGAAGAACCCGUGUUGCAAAGUGAAGGAUGGUCUCAAUCCCAAAGAGCACCCGUACCCUAUUUAGGUGGCCACAUACUUACAGCUGCGUUGCAAAGGUCAUUUUUUUUUUUAAAUCAUCAAAUAAUUAUAAAAAAAAAAAAAACAGUGAUACUGCUAAUGGGUAUGCUAAUAUUUUUGGAAGGUAGUUGAAAAUCAUACAAUGUAUCUCACAAAAAUAUACCCAUUGUGAAUUUCGAAGUUUAAUAACUUUAUUCUCAUUUUUUUUUUUUUUUUUUUUUUUUGACAAUUUAAAAUCUAGGAACUCUAAAUGUUGCAUUAUCAUUGUUUUUGGAGGUAAAACGAUCACACUCUUUUGAUCUUAAAUUCAUAAAUAGAUGGAGUAUUAGUUUAAAUAACAUUCGAUGUUGACAUUGUUUUAUUUUCAUUAACCCGUUGACGUUCAAGUUUGGAAAAGGGAAAGUAGUAGAACACUAUUUAAGCACCGCAUGCUGUGUAGCCAAAUAAAUGAUGAUCUAUUUAUUGAACACAAUUAUGUAGUCCUUUCACCACCAAAAAUAAGGAUGAUAAAAAUAAUAGUAUUGUAACAUUAUAGAGCUGCUCGAUUUUUAAUUUGCUACAUAGCAAAAUGGAACACCCUGUUCAGAAUAAUUUAAUUUAAAUCUGUAUGCAGCGAUGAACUAUUCCUAACGAAAAAUUUUAGUGAACGAAGUAUUAUUAGUCGAAUUCUUUCACUAAGGCAACGUUAAAUCAGCAAAAAUUAGAAUUAUAAAAAAAAUGUCCAGUUUUCUUGUAUAAUAAGAAGACUACAGGAAAAAUUAAAAAAUAACCACCUCGGUAGACUAACCAAAUUAUAAAAUAUACAAAAACGUUCCUAUUAAGUUUAGGAUCUAAGCAAAAUUUCUAAUAGAAUUGUUAGUAGAAACAAAAAUAAUAAAAUAAACCGUACAUAGUAAAACCAUAACAUUCAUCAAAGCUCAUAGUCUAAAAAAGCAUAUUGUUAACAUAGAAUAGCAGUUAAUAGAAUUAUUAUAAAUUGUGUUUAAAAACCGAUUACACUUUUAAGUUCAAAAUGUUAUUAUUAUUAGAUCUACUGCUGGGAUGUCUGACGAAAAUCGGCACUAUAUAGAGGUGAAAAACCCGAAAAUCCGAUCAAAAAAAAAAAGUAGGAGGACAAGGUUUGGCCACGAGGACAGAUAUAAUGAUAGCAAUUUAAUGAGACCCCAUGCUGUACACACGUUACAUCCAGACGACUUGCCCCAGAGAGCGCGGUGGACGAUUAUAAUCACAGCCGGUCUAUUGCUGAUAACUUGCAUGCUGUUAGUCGGCGUCACUCUGAGGAUGGCACCCGUAAUCGACGAGCUAGGUGAGUUUAUUAAAAUUUAAUUUUAUAUCGUUAAAGAAUAAUUCGAUUUCAUCCGUGAAUGAUAUCGUGAUGUCGAUUUGCGAAUUUUCGAAAUUAUUUCUCGAUGAUUUUCUUUGAAAUAAUUUUAAAAAUCUCCGCGGUAAUUAAGUUCUCUUGUAUACAAAAUACAAUUAUUUUAAUUAAAAUCAACAUUCGCCAGAUGCAUUUUGUGAGCGUUGACACUUACUGAUAGUGAAUUAAUACCGAUGAAGAAUUGAAAUGAAUAUAUAUAAAUACAAUUAUAUAAAACUAAAUUGCUAAUAAUUAUAAAUUUUACCAGAUUUAAGAAUUAUACGAAAAUUCGAAUUUCGUCUAUGCACCUAUAUUAUUACAAUAAACAAUUUUUAGGCUCUUAAUGUUUAUGUAAAAUUGUAGACAGCACAUCGCGCGCCCUCUAUCAUUAAAUACGAAAUCAUAAAUGUAUGCUAUACAAAACGAGUGUAGAACGUAACCAUGGUAUAGAGUGCAGCACUUUACAAAUAAUUCAAUUUACAUAAAUUGUAACUUAAGUCAAAAUGCAAAAAAUAUUAACAGAAUUACUAUAAUUAAGUUUGUUGUUUCACUAUAGGUACGUCGAUGAAAAUCGUCAUAAUAAUAUUAUUACAAUUGAACUAUAUUUAUAAAAUUCGACUAGAUAACGCUACAAAUAAUUUAACUAAAUCUAUAAUAACUAUUGAGCAAAUACAUAUCCUGACCACACGCUGCCGGACCUGUAAAUAAGACGGAUUUAUUUUUUGAAAAUUCUCAUAAAUAUUUAAGAGUACUUCGUACAUAUCACCGUGUUAAUAUUAUUAUGUUAUUGUAAUUUCAGUACGGAACAAAAACGAAGAACUAAUGAAUUCGUUGGACCGAGAAGAAUAUGGACCGUCAGAAAACAGUACUGACGAUAUUAUGUAUAGGUAACGUCAUAAAUAAAACCUGUCAAUAAACUACAACGUUUUUAUAAAAACUUAACAAAAUUACAAAGGCAUUAAUUAAUAUACCUAAAUUUUAUGUUAAUUGUGGUGAAAAUACAAACCACAUACGUACGAUAAGUUGUUAUAAAAAAAAAAAAAAAAAAAUUGUAAAUAUCGUUAUACUCGAAAAGAAAUUAUCGACCCGAUUUCCAAUCGAUACCAUAUAAUGGCAAUCAUUAUUGAUUUGUGUUUAUUAUUAUUAUUAUUAUAAUUCGGAAUAUUUAAUUCCGAUAAUUUGUCUAGAGAAUAUAAUUAAUAAUUAUUAUUUAUGAUUGUUUUUUUUUUAUGUAUUAUGCAUAUACAUAUAUUACGGUUAUAAUGAUUUUUUUUUUUUUUAUAUAAACCUAAAAACCAAAUACUAAGAUAAGAUGUGCACCUUUAUCGUAAAACGCCUGAUAUACCA